AUGUUUGAUGCCGCCGUCAGGCUCCUGUGGGUUGGGUUUCACACCGAGGUCUGGCCAGUUAGUAGUUCCCUCUGGCUGCACCCCGCUUUUACAAGCUUCUUAUUAUUGUCCUUAUCUUUACUCUCUAUCUCUCUAUCUCUCUCUCUCUUUCUUUCUAUCUCUCUCUCUCUCUCUCUCUCUCUCUCUCUCUCUCUCUCUCUCUCUCUCUCUCUCUCUCUCUCUCUCUCUCUCUCUCUCUCUCUCUCUCUCUCUCUCUCUCUCUCUCUCUCUACCAGCUCUCACAGUCUCACGUCAGAAUUAGACGUUCCUGUAUCACGAGUGACCUAGCUGCUCUUACUCACACACUCACUCACACACACACACACACACACACACACACACACACACAACACACACCCUGACAUUCACAGAUACACACCCUGAUGACACAGUUGUCUUAUCUGUCUAUUAUGGACUACCUUUGUCUUAUCCCCCGUCCCUGCUACUACGACAUCAGAAGGCAGCCGCCCUUCCUUGGUGUGUGUAUACAACCACCUGGUGCUCUGGGUAAGAAGAAACACACGUAUACGCACAUACACACUCACACACUUUUCUUACAUGAGUCAGACAACAUCGUGACUUAACAGAAAGGAAAAAACCCUUGUUCCCUCCCACCAGUUCCCGGUUCUAAAUGUUACAGACAGACGAGGAGGAGAGAGAGCUGACCCCGAUGUAGCGUUCAUAUAUUUAGCUUUAUCACUGCACCUGCUCGGCCAUAAUGAGCCCAUAUAUCUCCUCCCUAAUUGCCCUAAAUACAUAUCAUAAAGUUAAAAGAAGGCCUCUCUUCCAAAAAACCCAAAGCCAGGUUUCACUAGUAAAAGGGAGGGUGUAGAGGGGAGGGCAUAUAGCACAACAGCACCCCCCCCCCCCCCCCCCCCCCCCCAUGUCACCUUAACGAGGUGCAGUAAAUAAUGGCCAGUCAUUUCAUUAUAGAGGUGCAGCCUGAAAAAUCACUCGCCUCUAAAGCAGCGCCAGGAUUUUCCCAUCCUCCUCCUCCUCCAACUACUCCUCCUUCCUUGGCGAAGGAAGAGGGGCGUUCAAACGGGUCAAUCUUUUGCGCCGGGUAUGGCAGUGCUGCUACAUAUUUAGGGGGUGGAUGUGGUGCAGUGGAUGUGGAGGGGGUUAAAGGAAAAGGGUGUGUGUGGAACUAGAAAGGGGCGAUCCAAAACACCCUGCAGUAUGGCAUUUGAGACUUUGAUGUUCUACUUCGUAACAUGGCAUCGCAAACGAUCAAAACAUUUUACAAUGAAGGGAUUCUCUGUGUUGGUUUUGAUAAUGCAACUGUGUGUGUGUGUGUGUGUGUGUGUGUGUGUGUGUGUGUGUGUGUGUGUGUGUGUGUGUGUGUGUGUGUGUGUGUGUGUGUGUGUACAUGCGGCGUGUGUCUUUACCACCUCCCUACCUGAUAGCUGAGGGACAGUGAGUGUAUGGGGGAUGAUUUGUGAGAGGAGCCGUGGUUCGUUAGUUAGUUAGAUAAUUAGAUAGUUGGGGCGCUCUCCUCGACAGUCACAGUGACAGUCAAACACACCACAGCCCAGAUGGCUUUUUAUGAGGCCCGGGGCCCUGUCUGUCUGUCUGUCUGUCUGUCUGUCUGACUUUUCAUUCAUCACUGUUGACUUCUGAUUGGCUAUGAAGGGCUACAAGCCAUAGUUUAACACACCUUCACUCACAAAUACACUCACCAAUACACACACACACACACACCAUGUGGAGGGGAGGGGGGUCUCUUAAUGGCAGCCUAAAGCUGGUUAUAGUACACCUGUGUGUCUGCUCCCCUAACGACGCACCGAACAACGCCAAGGGAGGAAACAGGCCGUAAAUACAUAGGUCCCCACCUCAGACUAACACAGGGCAUCAGGAGGGUAUGUGAGUGUGUCUGUGUGUCUCUGUCACCUCGUCUUUCAUGGGGAUGACUUCAUUCUCUGAAUUUCCACACAGGUUCCCACACUCACACCAACACCACAUGAAGAAAAGGGAAGACGCACACACACACACACACACACACACACACACAAACACACACACACACACACACACACACACAGGGCAUGAAUAUCUGUGUGUCCCUUCAUCGCGUCUGUAAAUGUGCCUGGUUUAGCCAAGGCAGAAUUUUAUGACAUUGCGUUUUUAAAACGUUGUAUUAAAGAGGAAAUUGAGUGCUUAUCAAGGAAUGCAAUUGCGUCUCUCCCAAGUCCACUUGGCACAUUCUCUAUAGGGAAAUGAUGUGUGUAUCUGCGUGUGCGUCUGAAUGUAUGUGUUUGUUGUCGAGGUUUCGUACUCUACUUCUCUGAUCAAUGUCACACCUCAUUCAACCAUAACUGUAGUACUUGGUGUUGUGUGUUUCCUAACCUCAAACAUGGUUUCUUCCAUCUAUCUUCAAAUCAGCCUGCAACAGUUCUGGGUUGUGUUCAUUAGCGCUCACUGUAGCAAACCAUUUUACAACGGAAAUUGAAAAUAAAGGUAUCUUAUUGGACAAGAUAGUUCAGGUAGUUCCUGUCUUUUCAGUCUGUUUCACUUCUAUUUUUCUGUCUAAUGAACACAACCCUGAUUUGAGGGUAAAGAGGACCAGACAGGAGUUUGGAAUGAGACGUUUUUAUGGGUUCGGUUUCCUCACGUCCGUAUACUCAUUUGUCAUUGCCAUAAAAAUGACUCAUCGCAAUCAAAUGAAUUUAAUAGUGUUAUAGAAGAACAGCAAACAUGGGUCCAGUGUGUGUGCGUGUGUGUGUGUGUGUGUGCGCGUGUGUGCGUGCGUGCCUGCGCGUGUGUGUGUGUAAAAACAGCAGUCACACACAGCUUGGACAGACAGUUAAACUAGCUACAUGUUGAUGGCACACACAGGUUUUAGUUCCAGGCCUGAGCUGGGUUGGGCUGUGGUAAAAAGAGGUCCAGACUCUGGCUUUUUAUUUACACUUGUGGUGUGCACGCUCGUGUGUGUAUAUGUGUUUAACAGGGGUUGUGUUGCUCUUCCUCAAGCUUCUUUCUCUCCCUCCUUUCCUCUCAUCCUCAAUUUAUUUUUCUAUUUAUCUUUUACACCCUCUCUUUUUCUGAAGUUCAAUUCAAUAAGCUGUAUUGGCAUGCUCAGACAUCAUCUCGCACUGCCAAAGUAAAUAUAUAGGGACAUCUCUUUCCCUCUCCCCCUUUCCUCGCACCACAGUCGAGCCCCAGCCCACUAAAGUUAAUAAGAUAUGAUUAAUGGCCUUCUGUUUCUCCCUCUGUCUCUGUCUCUCCCCUCAAUCCUUCCUUCCCCUCGUCAUCUUUGUAGCAGACAAAAGCUGUCAGGCCCAACUGCUUAGAAAUGAGCAUUAUUGGCAGGACCCCCCUCUCACCCGUCCACCUCUCACCUCCGCUCACACACACACACACACACACACACACACCACACACACACACACCACACACACACACACACACACACACACACACACACACACACACACACACACACACACACACACACACGGGUCCAGUGAGCUGUGGGGGCCUGCACUCUGUCAGGCUCUUUAUUGGGCAGCCCUGAGUGUCUGUGAGUGUGUGUGUGGGGAGGGGCCUUCCAGCCGGAAACAGAGCCCCUUCCAGAACAGACACACUCACUCACACACACUUAUUUCAGGUUGUCGUCUCUCAUCUUAAUUUACAACGCCUCAAAUGACUAGCCCCAUAUCCACCUCGCAGCCCCUCUGUCUUGCGCAUUAGCUGUGUGGUGUGGUGUGGGUGGUGUGUGGUGGUAGUGAGUGUGUGGUGUGUGUGUGUGUGUGUGUGGUUGUGUGUGUGUGUGUGUGUGUGUGUGUGUGUGUGUGUGUGUAGAGUAAUGACUUGUGCCCUGUGUAAUGAAGGCUACAGGAAAUCCUGUGCAGGUUCCAGGUUGCCCCUGCACCAGAUAUGAGAAUGAAUGGGCACAUGUGUGUCGCUGUGUAGAGUAGUGCUUGACCUUUCCCCACUUCUCCAUCCGGACAGCUUUCAUACCAGGCUGCCCUCUAGCUGUCAUGGGGGAGCACACAUCCUCUCUCUGAUCUCUUACUCUCUCUUGACUCUCUCUGACUCUAUCUCUCUCUCUCACUUCUGAAUACUUCCUCUCUCUAGAUCUUUCUCUCUAUCUCUAAUAUAUUGAAUCUCUACUCUCUCUCUCUCUCUCUCUGACUCUCUCUCUCUCUCUGACUUCUCUACUCUCUCUCUCAUCUUGACUUUUUUCUCUCUCUCUCUGACUCUCUCUCGCAUCUUCUUCUCUCAUCUCUUUCUCUCUCUCUCGCUCUCUCUCUCUAUGUCUCUCUACUCUCUUCUCUCUCUCUCCCCUCUCUCGAUUCUAUGACUCUCUCUCUCUCUCUGACUCUCUCUCUCUGACUCCUCUCCUCUUCUCUCUCUCUCGCUCUAUACUGUCUCUCUCUAUCUACUCUCUCUCUUUCUCUCUUCUCUCUCUUCUAUCUCUCUCUCUAUCUCUCAUCACUCUAUAUUCUCUAUUCGCUCUCUCUAUCUCUAUCUCUCUAAUUCUCUCUCUCUCUCUCCUAUCCUCUGUCUAUCGGUCUCUUCUUUCUCGCCUCCCUAGUCUGUUCUGGCGAUAGGAAAUGUCAAUCCAUAUCAGUGAUCAGUGCAUGUAUCAUAGGUCAGAGGGCUUUGAACUCUAGACGGAGGUAUGCCUAUAGUCUACACAGGCAGUCACACAGUGAUACACGCGCGCAUAUGUAAUCCCUAACAUGCAGACUUUUUGUAACACACCAUUCCCUGAAAGCUAGCUAAAUCUUUGUUUGUUGUGGCGAGCAGUCUCCCACAGCAGAACAACAAUAAACGAAGAGAGAGAUGGAGAAAGAGAAGUUUAUCAUCUGACUCACCCUCCUCCUCCUCCCAGCAGUCCCUAGGCUCCGCUGAGGAGCCCCCUGUUGUAGGUUGACUUCCCCAGGAUAUGAAUACGUAAACCAGAUAGGGCCACAGUAGCUGCCACAACACUAUUGUACUGCCUGUCCCGCUCUCCCCUAGUUGUGUUAGCAAACGCUUUCCUGUUUUCCCGAGCCGCAAACGCUCUUUACAAGGAAAUCUUUCAACGAACGUGUGUGUGUUCACAAACUGGGAGGACGUGUGGGUCUUGAAAGCUAGCUGGGCAGUGGGCAUUCCUGGCUGAGAAAAGGUUUCUUGGUUUCUUUCUGUCCAUUCUCUCGAGUCUUGAAAGGACGUGCUGGUGACAUUAAUGUUGGAGUUUUGAGACUCUUAUUGUUUUAGGACUGCUCAUUUCCUGUUGAUGUGUUUGGUGCUAUUCACACCAUGGAUAGCGCUACUACUGACAUCAGAAAGCCAUGGCUGCUAGAUAUACAUACACACACACACACACACACUCUUUCUUUCUCUCUCUCUCACUCACACACACAGAAACACACACACACACACACACAGGCAGGCCAUGUCUCAGUUUGAGGUGUAAUGUUACAGAUAUGGUUGUGUCUUUGUUCACCCUCUUGACCCCCCACCUCCCCCAUCAAAUCUGAACCAAUCUCUCCGCAAUGUGGUUUGGGUUUGGAGAGACCACCGCAGGCCUCCCCUUACACACACACACACACACACACACACACAUAGAAACACACAGUCAGACAGACACAUACAUACACACACACAGAGAGCGCACCCUGGAAACCACAGCACAGUCUUUUUCAUCGAUUACACCCAGAGCCUCGCUAAGCCAUCAGAUUCAGAGCAGGAUAAGAGAACUUAACCCCAAACACUCUCUCUCUCUCUCUCUCUCUCUCUCUCUCUCUCUCUCUCUCACACACACACACACACACACACACUCACACAAUGUAGACCUGGGUGUGUGUUCUCGCCCUCAGACAAGCCAAGCUAAGAUCCUAUAUAUCCUAAAUAACACCCAAUCUAUGAGAAAUGUGCUAGUUUGCAGUAUAUCACACAUUACAUACUGUACAUGUGGACCACUUUCUUAUCCUUCUGUGAAAUCUCAACUUUGUUCACAAAUCAGGCUUCAUUUCCCCCUAUGGGCCCUGGUCAAAUGUAGGGCACUUUUUAGGGAAUAGGGUGCCAUUUCAGACGUAGCUCAAACUUGUCAUCCAUCGCGUCCCCCCAGAUGACACUUCGCUGGUAAUUCCUCCCUUACACCACACGUCCAUCAAGCAGGACUGACAGACUGACAGCCACGAGGCCUGUAUGAAUACCCAGACAUCCAUUAAGACUACAAGCUGUCAAAGGUUCCUGUCUUUGUCUGCCGGGGACCUGUAUACGCGUCGCACCCAGGAGCCCUCUUAUCACCCCUUCCUGUUGCAUUGGUCCCAAUUUUCAUGUCCACUAGGAACCUGUGUUAUUGUUCGAAUACUUUGCAAAUAUAUAAUUUUCUCCCUUCCUUACUUCAGGCUCAUCAUUGAUGUGUACUUGAAUGGAUCUCUCUCUUCAAGUAAAAUCUACUCAGUGAACCUUAUUUUGUAUUACCUAGAUAAGCCUCUGAGGCUAUGUGAAAGGGUCCAGCCUUGGGUAUCCACACGCACACACACACACAGAGACGGACACAGAUACAAACACACACACCACACACACACACUGACGGACACAGAUACAAACACAUGCACACACACACACAGAGACGGACACAGAUACAAACACACACACAGAGACGGACACAGAUACAACACACACACACACACACACACAGAGACGGACACAGAUACAACACACACACAACACACACACAAACGACACAUCAAACCACACACACAACACACACACAGAGACGGACACAGAUACAAAACACACACACACACACACACAGAGACGGACACAGAUACAAACACACACACACACACAGAGACGGACACAGAUACAAACACACACACACACACACAGAGACGGACACAGAUACAAAACACACACACACACACACAGAGACGGACACAGAUACAACACACACACACACACAAGAACGGACACAGAUACAAACACACACACACACACAGCAGACUGGAAUAUUUGGGGUUCCUGCGCUAACUUUAGGUAGGAUGUGAAGGGAGUGUGCAAGGUAAUCAUCUGAGGGAGAUUGAGAUGUUGCUGUGGUGAAGCUGUAUAAUAGUAGUUGUAGUGUUUGUUUUAAAGCAGAGAUGCACUCUGGUCCAACCAAAACUCUAAAAAUGACUUGCAUGUUGUCAGCUUAACCUUCACAACAUCACAACUCCCACUGUUAACACCAGUGGAGGCUGCUGAGGGGAGGACAGCUCAUAAUAAUGGCUGGAACGGAGUUAAUGGAAUGGCAUCAAACACAUAGAAACCAUGUGUUUGAUGUAUUUGAUACCAUUCCACUUACUCCGCUCCAGCCAUUACCAUGAGCCCAUCCUCCCCAAUUAAGGUGCCACCAACCUCCUGUCGUUAACACACACACACACCCUUCCACCAGCCUCUCAGACAGAUCAGCUCCACACCCACACACCUGUUCCCUUUAAUUGGUCCCUUAAAUAAAGGGCACUUCUUAACCCGGCUAAGUAGACUUUGGAGAAGUACCCUGGAAUUUAACCCCCUAAAACAGUAAGAGAAACAGGGAAUGUGUGUGUGGUGUGUGUGUGUCUGUCUGUGGGUGCACGCGUGCGUGGGUUGUACCUUAGCCUAGUGGUGGCAGGGUGUGUCUCUGCUCUGGCUGGUGUUAAAACGACAUCACAUUUCCAGAGAGGUGUCCCUCGCUCUGACGUCAAGACGAGAAGAAUAGAAGGUAAAUAAAUAAACAAUCUGGAGUAGGGUUUUCUCUCUCUGUUGCACCUCAUUUGAGGCCUUAUAAAUCAGGGCUCCACCUGCAUAUAGAGUGUUCGCAGGCCCCCCGACACACUGGCAUGCAGCUCAUUAGAGCCCACAGCCAGACCCUUUGCUACCUCGCAAGGUGUGUGUGGGGGUGGAGUGUGUGUGCUCAGUGUGUAAAGCCUGGUCGGGAGCGCCCCUGCAAUUCCACCGCACCCCCCUCCCUCUACACCCCUCGCCUCAGCCGAAGCUGUUCCCCAUCUGUUCAUAAAACAUGUACAAUACCCGUGUUUGAGCUCCCAACAGGCGCUGGGACAAGUGCACUCUGACUUGAACCUGCGCAAGACAUUGGCUCUUUUCGCUUUUUUUUAAAGGGGAUAAUUUCGCCUCUAUGCCUGGUUAGUUUUCAGUGACUGUUUUCACACAUAAAAUAAAGGGUCUGGACUACAUCAUUUCGGACUGCUUAACGUUUAAACGGCGGCGGCAGUAGAUCUUGUUCGAAUCACUGUUUUACUAUGUUGUCCACUGCAGAGGGGGAAGAGAAGAAAGUACUGAGGUAUUCUCUGUGAGCUCAGUGUAGAGGACAGAGUAUAUCAAAGGAACUCUGAUUCAAGAUGACAUUGAGUACGGCUAGCUAAUCGCUUAAAACAUGGACAACAAAAAUAGUCCAAUCAGAGCAGUCGAGCUAAUCAACUCAACAUCCAGUAAAGCGCUGAAGAACAAGACUGUGCGUGGAAAGCAAACCUCUCGCACAAUCAGUAUCUUAACGCACUGUCACAAUCAGGCCAAUGCAUUUGCAUGCGAGGCAACCACAGGUUGUUCUUGAUGUUAAAGACCUGAGGUGUUACAUGCUACAUGUGCGUAGGUGCUGUCUCAUUAUAUUUUGCUCUAAAAGGCUUUGUUAUUUCCAAACAAGCAAGUUAGUAGUGGACUAAUCUAACACUCUCGCUCCCCACGGGCUCACCACAACGCAAUAGUGUGAGGCACAGCUGCAACUUUGGGGCACACUUAUGUUUAGUUAGCGCACAGAACCGUGUGCGAACAUGAACCACCUUUCUCACCUCGGACCAGACCCGCUAUUUCCAUAUUUACUCACAAAACACCACACCUUCCCUUCACCGACACCACACCUUCUGCACUUGCUCACUCCCCGACCAAGAAGGCUAUUCAGAGUUUACGAGCAACAGAAUCUUGCAAGCCUGUAAAUGUUCCAUUGGAAAGUUGGCUAUCUUUUUUUUUUUACCGUGACAAUAGAAUUCAACUGGGAAGGUGAGACCAUAAUGUAAGUUUGUUUAUUUUUGGGGGGCGAAAACGUAAAUAUCCUACAACCAACUCAAACGGACAAAACGUAAAUAUGUUACUAGUAAAACCAUGAUAUUGGGUUGCAAUAUAAAAUAACCUGAGAGGUAGAAGUUGAGGUGAGAGGAGGCUGAUUAUGAGCCAGUAAUGAGAAGCCCUAGCCAGGCCUGUCUCGUCUCGGCCCCCAGAGGAUCUGCCCAGCGACCAACAGAGUAUCAGUUCCACCAGAAUACUCCACCAGGAGAAAUUAGAUCUUCUAUAGAGCUUUGUGGAGGAACAGAGCUGUGAGAUUUUCCUCCUUCCAGGCUCUUCUGAGGGCAUAGGUUAGCAGACAGACACCUGGGAUGUGUUCAUUAGGGCAGGCAACGGAAAGUGUUUUAAAGCGUUUCACAAUUGUAAACGAAAAUGUGCGUUUCAUAUUGGACAAGUCUAUGUAGUCCCUCCCUGUUUCAGUCUGUUUUCUUCCAUUUGGUGCCAAAUUAACACUACCUUGGCGCCUUCAGACACUCUCCACACUCUCACUCUCUAUAAACUGUCAUAGUCUUAUUUGCCACCAGCGAGAGCCAUUGUCCCACCAAGACCAAGCUACUACCACUACAUUGAUCUUGUUUUCAUUUGUGUUCUUGUCUAGUGUCACUAGGCCUUUGUCAGUGUAUUAUUCACUCAGUGCCCUUUGGUUGUUCUCAUUUUGCAAUAGUUUAUGCUCACUCAUAAUAUGCCCAAUAUGUUUACAUUUUAGUGAGAACGUUGAUAUUGGACAUGUAUCCUGUAAUAUCUGUUGAGCCCCCCCUCAGAAAUCUUGAUUUUAGUGGCUGAACUUCUCAGUCUUGUGUUCUUAGCAGCAAUCAUGGCGCAGCAGUUUUGAAGUGUGUGUGGUGUGCUCUUCAUCUUGAGCAGAGAGGUUCAUUUUUCUCCAGCAGUAAAUAAAUAAAAUGGAGGCAGCUCGCGAUCAACUCCCUGGUUUCUUCCCUUAAUUUCUGCCCCACAAUGAGCCCCUCUUCUUUCCUCUCCUCCUAUUUUCCUCCGUCUCCUCUCAUCUGUCUAAGGGGUAACCUGAAACUGCUCCCUCGUUCCCGGGGCGGCCCAGGGGUUACAAAGGGUGAUCAAUAUGUGCCAAAGAAAGUCUUUAGACAAGUGAGAGAAGCCGCAGUUUUCGACCUUCCCCUCCUCCUCCCUCCUUUCCCCCUUUCCUCUCGCUGCUCGGAGGAGCAACAAGGUUAGGGGCCCUUGGCAGAUAAUGUUCUGUCUACUGACAGAUAUGGACACACAUGCGUGCACGUGCAACCACACACACACAAAGUGUUGAGAAAAUCCAAAAUGUCCCUUAUAUGGGACAAAUAGUAAAUGUAUCCCUCUUUGGAUCCAACGGUUGAGAGAUUUGAAACUGUCUGGUAUUAUCUGACCAUUGUAAUUCAGGCAACAUUUAUAUGAUGGUGACUAAAGAAAUAAAACUCACACACACACACACACACAUACUUGAGAAGAUAGAGGCUCAUCUCUGUGUGUGCUGGCUUUUAAAACAGGUCCACCUCUGACCUAUGUGUUCUUCAACAGGUGGUGGAUGAGAUGGGAAACGUCAAGUUCUGCCUGGACGAAGGCUCGGAGGCCGGCGGGAGCUGGCUCAAGUACGUACGCACCGCCCCCUCCUUCGAGGAGCAGAACCUGGCGGCAUGUCACCUCAGUGGAGACCAGGUGAGUGGCGCCUCCCUCUUUCUAUAGGCUGCCAGGGUUUAGUGGUUGGGCAGUGUGGCACCUUCCUCCUCCUAUCAGCUGCCAGGGUUUAGUGGUUGGGGGAGGAGUUUAGAAGCAGCUGACACAUGGUGGAGUGGCUAUUGUCUUUCUUCCUACCUACCCAGUGGGAAGAACAGUGGACUAUGAGUCCGUGUGUGUGCUUGUCAUUGUUAGUGUGUGUGUGUGUCUGUGUGUGUGUUCGUCUAAGUAAGUGUGUGUGCAUGAUGAGUAAAAUAAUGGCUCUAUUGUGUGUCCAAGGCUGGUACGUGAGUGCCUUGCUGAGGAAGUGACUCAUGUUAAGAGGUAGAACAAUAACACACUGACACUCCUGCGUCUCGUAAUCACUCUGGGUCCUUCUCUGGAAGCCAGCCACACUCUCUGCCCGUCCAAAAAUGAAACCUGGAAAUGGAACACUCCUGGAGGAAUGCCCACACUCUACCACUCACUUGGUCAUAAAACCCAACUGAGCCUAACCCCAAUGCCUGUGUGUCGCUUACGUCUCUUGCCAGUCACACACUCUCUCCUUAAAGAUGCUCUAGUGUAUGCAACUAUCAACAUACAAAUAACCUAAAAUGUCAAUGAUACAGUAUAUCUGUGCAAGUAGGAGGAAGGAUUUUUUUAAAGGAAUAAAUUGGCUUGUUUUCCACAAGUGCCUUGUCUAGUUUCAUGCACGUACAGUGUAUACAAACCAAUCAAUAAUGAUUUCCUGUUUUACAAUUGGUUCUCAUUGUCCAAGCUUGUCCACCCCUGUCCCUGUCUCUGUCCCCUGUACUGGUGUGACAUAUGAGACAUCAUUGGGCCCUGGAGUGAACAAGGGCCUUCCAGAAUAGCUGGGUACACUAUAGGCUCUUAUCCUGGUCAAAUGUUCGCAUCAAUGUCCCCUGCUACCGCAAACACAGUCUGAAAAGCCACCCUAUUCCCUAUUUAGUGCAUAGGGCUCUGGUCACAAGUAGUGCACUAUAUAGUGAAUAGGGGGUCUUUUUAGACUGAGCCAGAAUCAGAGAACAAACGGGUCCGGUGCUUAAAUCCAUAUCUGGGGGUUGGGCAUGUCCCAGAUCCAAUGGUUCGUUUUGGACCUAGGAUUAUUUUUUAGUUGUUUGUACUUAGUGGGCUGCUUUGCUUUUGUUUGCGAGGCGUUGUUUUGUCUAGUGGCUCACGGGCACAACCUUAUCAUUUAUUUACAAACACCACACACAUACACAAUGCAAAAAUGCAUAAUUUAUCAAACUUUGUACUUUGCUGCUUUUUUUAUCAGCAUGCACAAUGCAUGAGUUUAUGGAAAUAUGCUCACGACAGGCAAAUUCAAAUACUUCGGUAACAUUUUAAAACACAAACAGAUCAUUUAUUUACCCAUUUACUCAUAUGUCAUUAAUGUUGUAGUGUAUCAGAAAAUACAUUUACAUUUUAGUCAUUUAGCAGACACUCUUAUCUUAGUGAGUGCAUACAUUAUUUUAUUUUUUUCAUACUGGUCCCCCGUGGGAAACGAACCCACAACCCUGGUGUUGCAAACGCCAUGCUCUACCAACUUAGCUACAUGGGACUAUAAUACAUGGAUAAUCAUGCAUAUUUAAACAAUUAGGGCAGUACCGCGUUUUGAUAUUAUUUCAUAAAUUUCAGUGCAUGUCCAAAUAAUUCACUUUCUUUCAUGGAAUGAGAUAAAUGCUUUAAUGGUCAUCAAUAUUGACCUAAGUGUCAAUGAAUAAGUGUCCAUUUCCCUGUUCAAUUGAUUGUGAAAUGAUGUGUGUGUGCGUGUGUGUGCGUGUGUGUGUGUGUGUGUGUGUGUGUGUGUGUGUGUGUGUGUGUGUGUGCGUGUGCAUGUGCGUGUGUUUGUGUGAGUGCAUGUCUGUCUAGUAGUAAGGAUGAAGCUGCACAGAUAGGGAGGGGGCUUCCUUCCUCAAUAGGCCCUGCCAUUCAGAGAGCCCAUUGACCUCUGAACCCCUCAGCCCUCAUUUCUCAAGAUGCUCUUAAGCAGUUUGUCAUAACAACAUCAAGUACGCACUGAGUCCUGCCAGCUCCUUCUGCUCGUUACGCCAAGGAGAGCACACACACACACACACACACACACACACACACACACACACACACACACACACACACACUCCAUUUAUUCUAAAUCAAUAUGCAUGUUCCUAACCUGAAGGUUAAGCAAAUGAAGGAAGCCAGUUAGGCAGUUAGCGUGUGUGUGUGUGUGUGUGUGUGUGUGUGUGUGUGUGUGUGUGUGUGUGUGUGUGUGUGUGUGUGUGUGUGUGUGUGUGUGUGUGUGUGUGUGUGUGUGUGUGUGUGUGUGUGUGUGUUGGAAAAAGGGACAUAGCCGAAGCUUGUUUAGGAGCAUCCCAGUCCUAAAAGGGUUUCCAUCUACGAAAUGCAAGGUCACAGAAUUACAGGAGGCCCGUUUCCCCAUAGCCAAAAGCCUGUCCUCAGACACAGAGUGGUGUUCUGUCUCGGAUGGUAAACGUAGGCUACACAGCUCGCUGAAGAGCGGAAGCAUCAAGCAUGUCCACCCUCUUGUCACACGGUCCUUGUCUUUUGUGUCUCAAGAGGACAAGCCCCCCCUACACCCCAUGUUGUUUGAUCUCCCCUUUCUCCCUGCUUUGAUCACACACUCCCUUGUGAUAAAUAGGCCGUUGUGUGUGUGUGUGCAUGUGUGCUUGUGCUUGAGGGGGACAGUGGGGGAUUAUUCUGGACCCUAGUGGCAUUGAUGGAUGAUGUAUCUGUCCCCUGGACACUCGAAAGAAAUUGGGAGAGGUCAAGAUUUGUCUGAGAGCUGUCAGGGCAGUACUGUCAAGAGAGACAGCUCAUAUCACAAUAUAUCACACAGACUGCUACAAAAAGACUAUACCCAUGACAUGGCUCAUAUCACAAUAUAUCACACAGACUGCUACAAAAAGACUAUACCCAUGACAUGGCUCAUAUCACAAUAUAUCACACAGACUGCUACAAAAAGACUAUACCCAUGACAUGGCUCAUAUCACAAUAUAUCACACAGACUGCUACAAAAAGACUAUACCCAUGACAUGGCUCAUAUCACAAUAUAUCACACAGACUGCUACAAAAAGACUAUACCCAUGACAUGGCUCAUAUCACAAUAUAUCACACAGACUGCUACAAAAAGACUAUACCCAUGACAUGGCUCAUAUCACAAUAUAUCACACAGACUGCUACAAAAAGACUAUACCCAUGACAUGGCUCAUAUCACAAUAUAUCACACAGACUGCUACAAAAAGACUAUACCCAUGACAUGGCUCAUAUCACAAUAUAUCACACAGACUGCUACAAAAAGACUAUACCCAUGACAUGGCUCAUAUCACAAUAUAUCACACAGACUGCUACAAAAAGACUAUACCCAUGACAUGGCUCAGCUGCAUAAUUCUAAAACCUAUUUUGAGUUGUUCAUGUAAAACUUUACUGUCUGUGCAUUCAUAUGUUGUAAAAUAGCUACGAUAUUUUGUGGGUAUUGUUGUAGCAACAACCUGACGACUAUGACAGUAUUUGUAUGUCGACUAACCAGAACCGGCUGCCGUUCAAUGUUUUCCGUGUAUGAGUUAAGAAGAAUCAAAUAAACUACAUUUUGUAUUUACACACGUUAUUAACUACGAUUUUUUUUUUACAUUAAUAUAUGUCUCUAUUCUUUCAAUAUAUUUUUUCACCCAUAUUUUCGGUUGUAAAAUGCUGAUUAAGAGAGAGCAUUUUUCAAUUUGUCAGAAAGAAUAAUACAUUGUCAGAGGACUAAGAGGGUUAAAUCUAUUGAGGAAAAUGCAUUUGGUGUACGGUUUAAAAGUGUACACAAUAUAGGCUAAUAGUAUAGCCUACUUUUAAAAAAUAUAGGCCUAUAAAAUAAUUGUUAAAUAUUGUUUCCAAAACAGUUAUCAUCGGCCUAUUUAAUAGUAAUACCUUGUCACUAUAUUUUAUUGCAGGCAAUUGCGAGUUUAUAUAGGGCUCACGCGUUGCAAUUACAUAAAUCGUUUAUUCAAUGUAGCAAGCAAGCAGGUUGCAUUUAUGAUAACAAAGUCGGUUGAUACCAAUUAUUCUGAACGUAUCCAAAUGUUUCAUGCCUUUGUUUACGUCUUUGGCACAAAUAAGUGUACUCUUGCACAAACUGUGAAAAGCAUCUGGUGAAAGAUAACAAGUAAAAACAGGUGUAGAGACUUGUGUUUAAAGCCUGAAAUAAAAACACAUUGCUCAGCGUUGUUUCGAAAGCCUUUAAAACAUCUACCGGCUUUUUAUCGCCCACGUGUGUGUUUUUAAAAGUAUUUGACCGCUAGAUACAUUAUUUUCAUUAAUAAUAGAUUAAUCUACUGGUGAGAGCGGAGACGGAGCUGUGGGGAGGGGUCUCCUCGUCAGAUCAGGCAAUCCUUUGGUUUGAGAUAAGAACGGGAGGAGGAGUGGCCUUCGGAUAACUCCGGGCGCUCCGAGGGGGCAAUAGGGAAUCACUAGCCUAAUGAGAGAGAGCUCACCUCAUCAUCAAAGACGCACUCACACAGACUAGAGAGUGGCGGCUUCAGCUCCAACCAGGGAAGACACACCGCAGCCUGCUUGCCUGCCUCCUCUCUCUCCCUGGCCCUGCCUGCCGCCCCAGCCCCGGCCUGACGGCCUCUCUCCUGUAAUGAUACUAUGGGUUGUGUUGCCAACUCCACCGGGACACAACUGCUGUUACAACUGGAAGCUCUAAGAACCGCGGCGCAACUUUCCCAACUCUACCACCUCACGGAGAACAGCAAGGUCAGAGAUAAACAUGUCCGUCGCAUAAUUGCCAGUGUGUUAAUAAAUAAUAAUAAUAAUAAUAAUAGUAAUAAUAAUAGCCUGUAAUAAUAACAAUAAUAAUAAUGAUAAUAACAAUAAUAAUAAUAAUAAUAAUAAUAAUAAUAAUAAUAAUAAUAAUUACGAUAAUAAUAUGGCUUCUCUUCUCAGUGAUUAGGUAUAUUUGGCCUAGCCUCUAAGCACACUUCCGCACCGUCAUAACAUAGCAUAGGGCCGAUAAAAGUAUUGGAUGAAGUUACUACAGUUUUACUAUUCUGUGUGGAUGUGUGUUUUACCUCUCGUACUGUUUUGCUGUGUAAAGGCCUGCAUUAUAAUUAAUUGUUGUUUAAGUUGGCGGUGAGCGCCCCCAUGCGUUCGCACAAAACACAUUGUGACUGGUCUUGAGUUAAUUUCAGUGUAUUUGAACUGUAUAUUGUUCAUUUCUUUGUGAUUGUAUAUAACUGUGGGCCUACAUGUUUGCUCAUAAUUCAGCCAUUGGCUAUUCAAUUCAACAUGAUCCUAGGCCUAUUUUGCAGUUAUCGUGUAAUUAUGUUGCUCUUUCGAUUUAACAAGCAAAAACACACAUUUAUUGCAAUCUCUAUGUUUCAGUCCCUCAAAUUAAAUCAGAUGUCGGCCUACAUGUUGUAGACAUGUUUGUAUUAUUUGAAUUGCGCACGGAUAUGCAUGCAAGUUGUUCUGUAGAUGAAUGCACUGCAGGUAUUUCAUAUUUGAUGUGGCAUUUCUUUUCAUUGUCUGCGUCCCUUCCAAAAUAAUUAUAGCCUACGAGACACGGUCCUUUUAUUUCAAUCGUCUGGAGUUGUAGGCCUACUUGCCUACUUGAACUAUAUUUUUGUUUACACCCCAAAUUAUGAUUGUUCUUGGCUCAUUGAAUUCAACAUAUUCUAGCUAAAAUUUUGGGCCGUGGAGUCAGCCUGAAUUCUAAUAACAAUGGGUUUGAAUGUGGAGUUUUAAAACCCAAAAGAAGAGCGUCAUUGGACAGCCUAAUUAUUGUGGCAAAUGAACAAUGUUUAUUGCCUCCUAUAAUUUGUUAUCAAAUAUAUUUCAAUAAUAAUCUUUCGAUUUUAGAAACAAUAAUAAUGAAUGUGCAUCGAUGAAUAGGCCUAUCACUAUCACAUGUUUAUAUGAUAAACAAUGGGUGUAAAGUAGACACAAAAACGAAAUCGUAUUUAUAAAUGUAUUUAUAUGCCAAGCAAGUCAAAUAUUAAAUAAACAAAAUUGGGCUGUAAGGAUAAUUGUAAAAUAGCCCUUUUUGGUUAGGCCUACUUUUAUAGGCCUAAUACAAAUUAUUAUUUUUAUUGUUGUUUCCAUUGAUAACAAUAAUAACAGCAACGAUAUUGACAGAUUAAGGUAUUAAUAAGCCUAAUAAAUCGACGGCAAUUAAGAUGUAUUUAUUUAUUCAUGACAAGCAGACUAUAGCUUUUUUGUUGACUAUACUGUCCCUAACCGCCUUCUCACCCUCCCUUUUCUCUUCAACAGAUUUAUUAUAAAGCUAUUAGGGAUAUUGAAGUAGGGGAGGAGCUACUGGUGUAUAUGAAGGACGGACUUUUCCCGGAGGGAUCGAUGGCACCGAACCUAGAAGGUAAGAUUAAUGCGCAUCAUUAGCGCAUAUUUUAAACAAACUCCAAACGAACAUCCUGCGCGGCUUUGUUGGCCAAUGCAGCGGUAACCCUGCUAUAGAGUUCAGAAACAAACACCCAUCUUUCACAUAUGCUAAAGAUGCUGCUUUUGGAUUUAACCUUAAUGACAAAUUCGUUGUAAAUUUAGCCCCCAAUAAUCUUUUAAUAAUGAUUUUAGAUACAGAUUUCAUUGGCCAAAUAUAUUUCCCCCUAAGAACCUCUUUCUAUGGAUUUAUUGAGGAAGAUCCAAAACGUCAUAAUAAUUUUUUAGACAAAAUUCACACGGGAUGUGUGUCCCCUUCAGAGAGUAGUAUUUUAUCAAUUUUUCUGAGAGAGAUUUUUGUCUUCUCAUGAAAAGAGAUCUGAUGUCUAGCCCAUACACCCGAUCAACGACGAACUCAGUUCUCAUCCAUCCUCGACAAUUGCUUUAGUCUAGUCCAGGGUUUCCCAAACUCGGUCAUGGGGCCCACCCUGGGUGCACGUUUUGGUUUUUGCCCUAGCACUACACAGCUGAUUCAAAUAACCAACUCAUCAUCAAGAUUUGAUUAUUUUAAUCAGCUGUGUAGUGCUAGGGUAAAAACCAAAACGUGCACCCAGGGUAGGCCCCAGGACCGAGUUUGGGAAACCCUGACUCUAGACUAGUGGGUCCUUUAUCACUUUCCAAAAUGACUUAGGCAUAGGCCUACAAGUGACAGUGGAUACUAUAAAAUGGAGGGAUGUAGAAAAGAUUACAAAGGCCUGAAGACAAUUGCAAAUAAAAUGAUGUUAUGUAGGCUAUUUCUUGAAAUAUAAAUAAUGUUUGUAGGGAAGGAUUUGACAAGUAGGCCUAUUACGUUUGUAGGGAUGGAUUUGACGUAGGCCUGGCCCUACUUACCUUGCGUUAGAAUGAAUAUAAGAUAGGCCUAUAACCUAUUAGAUAGGCUAUACUGUAGCCUAUUAUUGGAAUUAAUAGGUUUUGUGAUGGGGAUAAAAGCGUUUUAUUAGCCUCAAGUCAAAAAGUGACAGAAUGGUUAGGUAAAACACGACGUUAGUGGUCAAUGAGAUUUGAUGCUGGGUCAUUUUACAAGAACUGAAAUCCAAUGACUUUGUUUUUGAGAAAUCUGUAUAAUUUCAGAAUGGCGACCUCCCCACACUUCGGAUUUCGUGUUUUGGCAUGUAGGCCUAUUGUUUAUUUUUAUGGAUUAAUUUGGUUUUGUCUAACAUGCAAAAUGUCUUGGGCCAUUCCAAUUAAUUUAGGACUACGAUAUUUCAGUUGUGCUUGUUGUAAAUUAUCUUGUAGCCUAGGCUACAUGUCAAAGAGAACGUUAUUUCAUAACUCCAAUUUGAUCCAGGUACUCCAUUUUGAUCAAGGUGAGGUAAGGCAUAGUUCAGUUGGACGUUUGAACAUCUUGGUCUUUUUGCACUAAAAUGGGGUUAUGCUUUAACUUGUCAUGGUCUAUAAAAACUGUGUAGACAGUACAAGGUAUUCGUGAGCCAUAGAUUUUCUAACACACACAAAAUGUUUUCUCUGAAAGAUUUGAAAGCCUUACUCAGAUCUCUUUGCCAAAAGAACAGGAGGGGGGGGGGUGAAAGGAUAGGAAAGGGACGUGCGCGAGAUAUUUUAAAAGAGAGAAAGAGAAAAAGAAAGAGACUGACAUAUUACGAGAGUUUGUGAAAGAUAGAAAAUGGACGAGAGGCAGAAUGAAAGAGCAAAUUAGUGACAAAGGGAAAGGUAGACUGUGUGUGUGAGUGCACAAGAGAAAAGAAGGGGAGAGGAAUAGAUUGGCGCUGCACCACUCUUCGGCUGGUUUAUAGGAGCUGGAAUUUGGAGUGGGGCUUGAGGAGUCCCCUGAGACCUCACCCAUGCUCCCAGAUUAGUCGCUAAACUGCACAUAAUUGUGUUCCUCUACAUCUCCCAGAAAGCUAUUAGUCUCCCAUUUGUGAGCGCUUUCACCGUCCUCCCUCCGCAACAUUCCUCCUCUCUCUUCCGGAGUGUUACUGAUGGAACACAGAUAAUGGCGCCAAAUUAUUAUUCGGCCUUAAACACCGCACACGCUUCCUACCUGGCAUUGUAGGCCUCGAGUCUAAUGUCAUCUAGCGGUGAAGCCGAUGGCUAGGUGCGGUUCUUUCCGAGUCCUCCUCGCGUUUCAAUUCCUACUUGAAGUGUUGUUUGAUUUGACAAAGCCUCGGUGUAAUAAAACAAGUAAUAAAGCCUCAAUAAGCGCUUUAUAAGCCUGUUCAUGGAAACAUGUCGCAGCCUUCAAAGGUGACACAUCCAAAUAGCUUUGCGCUGAGGUGUUUUUAGGUUGGAAUGGAACAUUUAACACAGUAAAACGCUCACUCCGUUAUGAGUUAUGUGGCUAUGGUGGCAGCUAUGCAUGCAUAGUGUUUUGAGUUUGAAGUAAUGGAGGACUGUGACCAAGAGGGUCAUUUGUUCAAAUCCAUGUUUAGACAAAGUGCUGUUUCUACACUUCUGCCCUUUUAAUGGCUCUGGACAUAGCCAGCUGAAUAAAUGGUGGCAUACAGUAGAAACCAGGUGAGCCAUGCGCUGUAAGUCAUUUUGAAUCAACUUGUCUGCUUAGCUUUUUCGAUGAUUAAUAGUUACAGUGGGGUGUGUUAAGGGGAUCUCCGGUGCCCUCAUGCAGUGCCCACUCGGGUCAUGGCAGAGCGGGCAUCUUGGGUUGAUUGGCAUUCUAAAACCUCCACAGGGUGGGUGACAACCUAACCUAACCCCGCAUGGCUCAUUCUUCUUGGACAACGUCCACCAUCUACUCUGCCUUCUCCCUCCCCCUCUCUCCAACUUGGCCUGAGUUGUUGAACUUGGCAUCCAAGUCAGGAACCCACCAUUGAAACCCCCUGCCUCCCAAGUUUUAUUGGUUUGACCUUGGUUGGGAAAAGUAUUACAAAGGCUAUCAUGCUGGAAAAGAAUGACAAAUGUGUAGGCUAUUGUUUCCUUUGCUCGCUAUAAAGCCAAAGAACAGCCGCUACUACUGGACUUAAAGUAAUCAACUAUGAGUUAAUUAAGGUGUAAAGCCCUCUGGCCCAGGCUACAUUUGACUUUUAAUAGAUUUUUCCUUUUACAUCAACGCCAUUUGGAGAGUGGUUGUUUUAAGCGUUUUAACAUGCACUUGAUUAGCUUGGACAGGAGAGUGAGGGGGUAUAGGCUACACUCAGAUUUAUUUUUAUCCAAGUUUGAAUGCUAGACAUUUCUGGAUGCUCUUGCCUUGUUUAUAGUUGUACUGCACAGACUUGUACCUUUACAGCUGAUCUAACCUGUACUCACAAGUGUGUGUUGUUGUCUUUGUCCAGAAGACACAUUUCCGAUAAAACAGUUGUGACAAAUAAAGUUGUAUUGUUUUGUAGACGAACAGAUGUACCGCUGCGAGGAUUGUGAUGAGCUGUUCACCUCGGCCCUGGAGCUGCGGCGGCACCAGAAGUACUCGUGCGCCAGCGCCGGCUCCCUGUUCGAUACGCUCAGCAACGAGGACUUCAAGCAGGAGCGCGACGACAGCGACCACGAGCCCAUCCACGAGUGCAAGGAUUGUGAGAAGAUCUUCCCCAACGAGUACAGGUGCAGCACAUAUGCACACACACAGUGGUACUAUCACCUCUACACUAAUGACCAUCAUCAUUAUCCUAAAUGACUGUGUUUGUGUGUGUCUGUGGUCCCUGUCCAGUCUGGGCCAGCACAUGAUCGUGCACACAGAGGAGCGGGAGUACAAGUGUGACCAGUGUCCCAAAGCCUUCAACUGGAAGUCCAACCUCAUCCGCCACCAGAUGUCCCACGACAGCGGAAAGCGCUUCGAGUGUGAAAACUGCGAUAAGGUACAGCACACCCGGCACGUAAGUUGUGCACACAAACACAGGCUCUUCUCCUUCGCUACCUUGGUGAAUGCUGACACUAGCUACAGUAGCGACUUGAAUGAGGAGAAAAUCCAUGCUGUAUGUAUGUAGAAAAUGUGAUUGUAAUCAUGUGAUGUCAUGAUUAAGUUGACAACCAUAAACGCAACUUAGUACCAACUUAAUCAUGUCGGUUUAUGUUAGAUGACUUGACAAUGUAGUUUCAGUUUAUUCAGCUUAUUGGUUGACUGGCCAUCAAGUUAGUUGUUUGUGAAUGUCACCACCAUCACAAUGCUAAAAGGCCAUUCAUGGGAAGCUGGCAUAGACUGAGAUAGAUUGUCAGGUUUUGUGUUGUCUAUGAUGGCAGUAAAAGCCAUUUUACGCAGUAGUAUUUAUUACAGUGAUCGGAUGAUUGUGAUCGCUGGCCAUAACUGCUUUAUAUCUGUGUGUAUGCAUAUGUGUGUGUGUGUGUGUCAAUGUAAACAUGCCGGCCACCCCCCCUACCCGUAGGUGUUUACGGACCCCAGCAACCUGCAGCGCCACAUCCGCUCACAGCACGUAGGGGCGCGCGCUCACACCUGCCCAGAGUGUGGCAAGACCUUCGCCACCUCCUCGGGCCUCAAGCAGCACAAGCACAUUCACAGCAGUGUCAAGCCCUUCAUCUGUAAGUCUGAGUCUCCACCGCCCCCGCCGCCGCCACGGCCUAGCCAACCCACAUCUAGUUCUACCUCCUCCCCGUGUCCAAAGGCCUCAUCCUCCUCUUCCUCCUCCCUCCGUCUCUCUCCAACCCCAGGCAGGGCCAGUGACAGUAGCAGACACAAUCCCAUAGGUCAGAGACAAUUCCAUGACCCCAUCCCUUCUUCAGCCGCCAUUUUGUUUUGCGUUUUUCCCACCUUUUUAAAAUUGUUUUUGUUAUCCUCGUCCUUCCCCCUCUCCGUGCCUCUCACUCUCCUUCUCUUUUUGUUGUAUGGGUCACACUUUAUUUUGAUAGUCCAGCUUAGAAUUGGAUAGAGGGUGCACUUGCAAUGGUACAGAUAGGAGGUGGGCCCUCUUUUCAACUCUAUGGUCCCUCUGCAGCUUAUAUGUUACUGAAAGUAGUUUAUUAAUAAUUUGUUGAGCAUCUUUAGGGGGACUUUCAAAAAAGUGUUACUUUGUGUGUUCCUUUCGGGUUUCUUUCCUUCUUUCCCCUGUGUGUGUGUUUUUUCCCUCUGAGGGUGAUAGAAAACGAAUUUCCGACGGCACGGGCAGAUUUGAUAUGAUAAAAGUAGAUCCACAGUAUCUGCUUCAGCUCCCCAUUGGACGAUGCUGGAAGCCUUCUUCUCUCACUCAACUUUCUGCUUUGCAUUUCUGUUUGUACUCAUGUGCACGUAUGCGUGUAUAUGCCUAUAUACAUGUAUACGGACAGUAUGUAUUCAAGCAACAUUUCAUAGAACAUAGUGUGAAAAUAAUCAGCUUAACCGUAUAUUGCCCACUGUGGAUAUAUGGUAGGUGUGUUGCCAGCCAUAGUGAUUCAAUGGCCAAUAAGUAUGAAGAUGAAAAAUGUUGUCACUGGAUUUCACCAAAAGCAUGUACGAUUUCUGAUUUGUAUAGAUAUACAGCCUUUAGACAAAAUGAAGGCACGAUGUGCAUGUAUAUUUCUCUAAGUAGCCUAAUGUUGCAUCUGUGUAGGCUGUUGACGUGGUACUCUGAGUUAGUGACAGUGUUUAAAUGGGCUUAACCAGGCCCAUGUGGGCUGUGUGUCUCCCCAGGCGAGGUGUGCCACAAGUCCUACACGCAGUUCUCCAACCUGUGCCGCCACAAGCGCAUGCAUGCCGACUGCCGCACCCAGAUCAAGUGCAAGGACUGUGGCCAGAUGUUCAGCACUACCUCCUCCCUCAACAAGCACCGGCGCUUCUGUGAGGGCAAGAACCAUUACGGCCCUGUUGGGGGCCUUUUCGCUCCCGGCAUUCCCAUGAGCAGCAGCCCCAUUCUGGCCAAGUCCAAGUCCCACCACCACCCCCACCACCACCCAGGCCUCAACCACUCGGGCCUGGCCUUCCCCGACUACUUUCCCCUCCCGGCCACACCCUCACCCUCAUGCCGGCCUUCCCUUCUCCCCUGGGCCGCAUGGCUUUCCCUCGCUCUCCCACGGCUUCCCGGGCCUCUUCCCCCCCUCGCUCUACCCCCGGCCGCCCUUACUGCCCCCCAGCCCACUGCUGAAGAGCCCCCUGGGCAACAACAGUAACAACGGUGGGAUUCAGGAGGGCAAGCUGCCCCGCAGCCCCCUGGACGGGCCUCCACUGUCUCUGGUCAGCUCCAUUAACAACAGCAAUGGAGGCAGUAGUCUCCUCAGCAGCCAGGAGAGGGAGGACAAGGAUAGGCUGGCGUACGGCGAGGCCAAGGCCAAGGCCAAGAUGUCGGAGGUGUCGGACGGCAGUGACCUGGAGGACGUCAACACCACCAGCGGCACCGACCUGGACACCACCACCGGCACCGCCUCGGGUUCAGACUUAGACAGCGACGCAGAGAGCGAGCGGGAACAACGGGAGCGGAGCAGCGGCACCAAGAGGAGGAAGGCGGCAGGCGCUGGAGGGGCGAGGGGGACGGAGAGAGGCGGGUCUGGAAGGGCGGCCGGACGAUGUGAGUAGCGGCUCGGUGUCGGCGGUGUCCAGCUCGGGCAACCUGGCCUGCGAGCGGCCCUCCUUCCUCUCGGCCGCAUCCCAGCACUCUUUCUUCCCGCCUCCGGAGGAGCAGGCGCUGCCCCCCACAGGUGGCGCUGCUGCCACCGACUCCAUCAAGGCCAUCGCCUCCAUCGCAGAGAAGUACUUUGGCCCUGGCCUUAUGGGCCUGCAGGAGAAGAAGAUGGGCUCGUUGCCCUACCAUUCCAUGUUCCCCUUCCAGUUCUUACCCAACUUCCCUCACUCCCUCUACCCCUUCGCCGAGCGGACCGGCACCCUCAACCCUGGCAUGUUCUUCAAGGCUGAGCCCAAGUCGCCUCGUGAGCAGCAUCCGACACCCCACAAAAUGGCCGCCCAGGGCACCGGAGAGUCAUCGCCCUUCGACCUCACCACCAAGCCCAAGGAGGCCAAGCCGGCCCCACCGGCCCCCGCCAAGCCGACCCCACCCAGCGGUAGCAGCAACGCCCCCCUCAUUCUCCCCGGGGGUGAGGAGCAGCCACUGGACCUGAGCAUCGGCAGCCGCCGACGGGACGGACACAACGGGAUGGUGGCCCCCGAGCAGCCGCCCAGCCGCAAGAACCACCGCAAGGAGGAGCACCCCGGCAGCCACCCGCACUCCCACGCCCAGCACCCCCAGGGCCACUCCCUCCUCCAGCCCCCGCUGCCCCAGCACCAGCAGCCCCUGGCUCAGCCGCCCCAGCAGCAGCCCUCCCUGCACUACGCCAAGCCCUCACCCUUCUUCAUGGACCCAAUAUACAGGUAUUUCAGCCCCGAGUAGACCAGAGGCCUCACCAGACACUGUAUGAUAACCAACUCAAGUUGAAACUCACGUUAGAACCUAUAUUCAAUAUAAUAUAUAUCUCAAAAUCUGUAUGUCAGUGUUCAGACUUAACCUUUCCCCUCAUGAGAUAAGAGGAAAGGACUAGGUUGCAAUAUCCACACUAGCAAACCACUAAGAAUGCAGUCCCAGCGCAUUGCUUCACUAAGUGGUAUGCUAACGUAGCUAUUGGUCAAGGUUGUAGGUUCAAUGCGUACAGGGAUCACAUACAUUGAAAAUGUAUGAACUCACUGUAGUGUAAGUCCCUUUGGAUAAAAGUGUCUAGUAAGUAUUAUAGUUAUAAUAAAUGAAAUUAUAAUACAUUAUAUGGGCAGGUAUAGUGUGAAGUAGUGCAACCUUUCCAGUUGACCUCUGACCUUCGUACGUAACCCUUGUCCUUGCUGUCCAGCAGGGUGGAAAAGAGGAAGCUACUGGACCCUGUGGGAGCUCUGAAGGAGAAGUACCUGAGGCCCAGCCCGCUGCUCUUUCAUCCACAGGUACACGGACACACACACACACACACACACACACACACACACACACACACACACACACACACACACACACACACACACACACACACACACACACACACACACACACACACACACACACACACACACACACACACACACACACACACACACACAGUAAGUCCUCACUGCUGCAAGGCAGACAGACAGACGGGUAGCAGGUAGCCUAGAAAGGCGAGCCAGCAACUGGAGGUUUGCCAGUUCAAAUCCCGGGUCUGACGGUAAAAAUCUGUCGGGAAAUGAGCUGGCAACCGGAGGUUUUCUGGUAUCAAAUCCUAGAUGCCAUUGCCUGCCGUUGUGCCCUUGAGCAAGACACUUAACCCCCACAACAACUGCUCCACAGGAGUCCAGUGUUGAAGCAUCCUGCUCCAACCUCUCCAACCUGUAUAUUUAUGUGUCUUUCGGAGGGGUUGGGUUAAAGAAGAAGUCAGAUUUCGGUUGGACCUUACAAUUGACGAAUAAAGUAAUCUUAAUAUUCAUCUGACUGACUGACUGCAUCUGACUGAUUAAACAUAGAUGUGCUCAUCAAUGACAUUGAAUAGACGGGUAGAGACAGAUUGGGAAAACUGGUCACCAAGUUGAAUUGUCAGGCAGAAUUUUUAGAAUCGAUAUCUGAUUUUGUCCCAACAUGUUGCUCUAUGAGAAUUCCCACAAACCCACUCCUGAAACCCUUCUGUCCUGCGCAACGUUCCCACAACGGUCCCGAAACGCCACUGUUAUUUCUCAGGGGCUCUGUACGAUUUCUUCCUUUGUUUACGAUGUGGCGCCUCGGAAUUCCACCGCCUCCCACCUUGUUGCACAGAAGACAAAAAGUCUGCUAUCGCAUCGCCCCUUUGAUAAUCAAACCACAUUGUUUGGCUUGUCCCCAAACCCUUCCAACCCUUCCCACCUACCAAACAACCUCCCAGCGACGAUAACAAGAAUGAUACGUAUUAAUAAUAAGAAUAAUAAGCUUUUGAAUCGAGCCCUAUCUCACCCCAUGCAGCUAUCCCACGAUUCAGCCUCUUGCUAAUGCUAAACUUAGUUGUGGCAUUGUUUCUUUGGGCCUCUGAGCACACGGGGAGCUAAUAACUUCCUCCUGGCUAGUUUCUUCUCCCUGGCUGCCUAGAUAAUAGCAGUGUGUCCAUCAAGGACAUCCUGUGUUUGUGUCCAGGAGAAUGGGGGCUGUUGUUGGGAACUUGUUUUAUCUGACCUGGGAAUCUGCUUGGUCCUCUAUCAAUUGUGAAGUUGAACGAGGCACUCACACACUGAGUUAGCAUGUGCACACACACACACAUACACACACACACACACACUCUGUACCCUACAUGUACAUCCAACAACAACAGUGGAUCCUUUUCCCCUAUAUGCCAGGUGUGGGUGGCACAUAAGGACAGGUGUUAGCAUAAGGGCAGACCUUUGAGACGUACGAACAAACGGCCAUGAAUGGUCUGUCAAAGCAACUUUCACCUGGUUCUUGGACAGAAGACGUCCAAGACAAAUACGAGGCCCAAUAAGCCCUCUGUUAUCCCAACAAUCUAGCCUCAAAUCCACCCAGUUAUCACACCACAAUGAAGGGAUUGCUCAUUGAAGGGAUCGCUCAAUAAUUCAUUCCGCUGACAGAAUCAUCCUACGGCGAGACGCUACGAAUAAAUAAAUUGAGACGCCGUGUCUGUCUCCGUGUCCCCUGUUGUAUUCCCAAACCAGGAAGGAUGUAAGCUGUUAUUGGCAAAUAAACCCCCAGGCCCAUAACUGACUGGCCCUUUGUCCCGAGGCUGGGGGAGGAGACGAGGUAAAGCAGUAUAAGUGACGGGUAUCUUUAAACUAUAUUGUAUGGUUCCCAUCAGAGCUCUCAUUGAAUGGCUUAUUGAGCUUGCGAUGGCUUCACCGAGAGGGUGGAGGGGGAAGGAGGAGGUAGCUGAGAACAAAGUCUGCCUGGGCUGGGGGGGCUCAGGGUGCUCCUCGAGUGUCUGCGAACGUGCGCUAGGUCAGGGAGGUGACUCCCGUCAGCACAAUCAAGAGAACGACCUCUGAUAUAGAGCUUCCUCCUGCCUUCCACUGAAGGGGAAUGACCUCCCAACCUCUAUGUUUCUUUCUCUGGCCCCGCUACCAGGUGCUCGUCCCUCUAGCGAACACUUUCCAAUUUAACCAACUAAUCAAGGCCUAGUGCAAUCUGUUGAAGAACAGUAAUUAAAACUAAAACGUGACUGUAAAUCUUCCCCUAUCUACAGCUACAGUAUCUUUACCGUGGUACACCUUCUUUACCUCAGAUGUCGGCCAUGGAGAACAUGACGGAGAAGCUGGAGAGCUUCGGCGCUCUCAAACUGGACGCCCCGCCCAACUCACUGCAGCACUCGGCUCACCCGCUCUUCAACUUCCGCUCGCCGCCGCCCUCCCUCUCUGACGCCAUCCUCCGCAAAGGAAAGGAGCGCUACACCUGCAGGUAGGCAUCCGCCAGAGAUUUGUUUUGGUAAAUGUUUUUGUAGAAGGGGGGAAGAAGUGGGGAACAACAAGGGGUAUGAGAGAGCGAGAAGCAGAGAGAGAGGAGGCAAGAGAGCGUAGGAGAGAGCUAGGAGCGAGAAGAGCGAGCGCGCAUCGUGCGACUACUAUAUCUCUCUAUCGUACUAUCUCUCUUCUACUCUCUCUCUCUCUCUCUCCUCUCUCAUCUCUCUCUCUCUCUCUCUCCUCUCUCUCUCUCUCUCUCCCCCCCUCCCCCCAGGUACUGUGGGAAGAUCUUCCCCAGGUCAGCUAAUCUUACCAGGCACUUACGGACACACACAGGAGAGCAGCCCUACAGGUAAGCCUUUCCUGUCCUCCCUCUCCUCUCCCCCUCUCUUCUCUUCUCAAUCCCUCCAUACCGCUGACAGAGGCCUACUCCACCCGAUCAACCAAUGAUGAAAUCACAUCCUUCCCACCUGAUUUAUUCCUCCUCAUUUGGCAACGAAAACACACUCAUGCCUGGCAUAGGCAUUGAUGACGGACACACACACACACACACACUCAAAUCUGCUGAUUCGGCUGUGCACACACACACCGCAGAGUGAUAUAUACAUAUAUACGACCUGCUGGAAACGUGAGGAGUGGUGCGUCUGGCACUUGAGAAGAGCGAGAGCGCAAGAAAAGCGCGAGAAUGUACGAAAGAGAAGGAAGAUUGAUGCAGUCUGCCCAGAUGUUGUAGUGGGGUAGGACAGGGAGGGAGGGAUGGAAGGGGGCAGGGGAGCGGUGGUCCUGGACAAUGUCGGGUUGUAAUGGUGCCCUGGAGAGAUCAGGCCUCUGUUUAUAGAGACCAGUUAGUUAUCAAUCAUUUGGCUCCUGCCCAGCCUCUCUCUCUCUCUACCCCCCCCCCCCCCCUCUCUCUCUCUCUCUCUCUCUCUCUCUCUCUCCUUUUCUCUCUCCUUUUUUCUCUGUUUGUCUCUCGCUCUCUCCGUCUCCUCCCUGCUGAAUUUCUAUCCUUCCCUUCUCCCUCUCUCUCCUCUUCUCUGCUGGAUCUCUCUACUUCUCUCUCUCUCUGUCUCUGUUUCUCCAUCUCUCGCCAUCUCCAUCUUGGAGCCCAACAAACCGUGUGCAGUUUGAGAACAUAUUGACAGUAAAUGGCAAGAGUGACAGUGAUAGCCAAGCAAGCAGUUCUACCUUCGAAAGGGACCUGCGAUCUAAUUUUCAAAUGGACCUCCUAGUAUUUGAAACUUGGCUAACCUGAGUGCACAGACCGAAAGUGGUGCACUUUGUCCUAUGUUGAGCUGUAGUGCCAACUCUUUGAGCACAAUCUACAGAAAUAGAGAGAGGGGGAGAGAGAGAGAGAGAUUUUCUCGGGGGACCCAGUUCCCGGGCCCAGUCCAAACAAUCUACUGAUUAGCUCAUUUAGAAACAAUUUACCAUAACAAAUAGCAGACAUCAUUAUCUCUGCCACUUUUCAGGCAAAUAAGACCAAAGUAGCACAGAGGGACAGGGAGAGAGAGAGAGAAAGUGACAAGGGGAGACUGAGACCGAGAGAGAGAGGGAGAGAGUGACCGAGAGAGAGAGGGAGAGAGUGACCGAGAGGGAGAGGGAGAGAGUGACCGAGAGAGAGAGGGAGAGAGUGACCGAGAGGGAGAGGGAGAGAGUGACCGAGAGAGAGAGGGGAGAGAGAGAGAGAGGGAGAGAGUUACCGAGAGAGAGAGGGAGAGAGUGACGGAGAGAGUGACAGAGAGAGAGAGGGAGAGAGUGACUGAGAGAGAGAGGGAGAGAGUGACCGAGAGAGAGAGGGAGAGCGAGAAGUGGAGACCGAAAGAGACACCAGGAGAGGAAAAGUGAGAGCGACAGAGUGUGUGUGAGAGAGACAGAGAGAGAGACCAGGGCCUCCUAGCCAAGGCCUUCAUGCUUCAUUGUCUUAGGGCCAUUUGCCUGCCUGAGUUCCUAUCAGACGGCUGCUUUCUGCUCCAGAAAUUGGCCACACUUUAGACCUGACCACUGAAAGACCCCAUUCAGCCGGUAACGCUGCAGCCCCCUCGCAACGUUCUGGACGGCCGGGGAGAGAAAAAAAGUCGUAAUUUCACAUCCCUUCGGACAAAAAUAAAUAAAAACACUGAAUUGAAUUAGUGUUGGCGCUCGACCAUGCUCUGUGAAGUGUGGUGCUCCAAGUCUGGAUGUUAGCGAGCUUGAGAACACGCAUGUACGCACGUAGCGCACGGGUGCACACACACACACAAUCACACGCACACACAAACACACACACAUACACAAACACACGGCAGAACAUGAAAAGAGCCCUGCAUCUUGAUUCCAAAGCUUGAUCACCGGCAACUUUUCCCAAAGCAAUUAGCCCUGAAUGUCAGCCUUGCAGCAGCAGGGGCUUUCUGUCUGACGUUGGUGUGUGUGUGUGUGUGUGUGUCUGUGCAUGCGUGUGUGUGCCGUGUUUGUUGGGGUUAGCGGAGGUCACCUUGUAGCAGGUCUGCAGGCCCUGACGCAUGCACACACACAACAAAGAGCCAGUGUCAGUGGGCUAGGGGGCUUUGACAAGGCCUGGCCACUGUUUAUUUAUGGCCAGGUUAAAUAGAUGUACAGCCGUGUGUGUGUGUGACCCCAGAUGUAUCGCUGAAAGAUUUCCCCGAAAUCCUCCCUCAAAUCAGGACCACGUUCCUACCUGCUUGUUUGUUUUUCGGGUUGCCAGUGUUUACCCCCGGUUGCCAGAUUUCAGAGUGCGAGUGAGAGUGAUCCACAGUCAGAGUGGAUGUUGAGCUGGGUUGUGAUGCAUCAGGGUUGCCAAAUAUUGUACUACCAAUCCCACUGGGUGACGCAUCAAUGUUUCUCCACCACAUGGUGGCGUUAUUGUCGUUUUAAUUGACCCAUAGUCUGUUAGUGUGUCCUUUUGUGACUAUGAGGUAGUGACAGAGUGAAAACCCUCGUUUUGCUUCUCUAGUUUAUGUUCUAACCACUGAUGCGGUCGCCUAUUCAUCACAUUAGUUGCGUACGCUUGAGGAAUUGAUGGACGGACGCACAACACACCUCCAUACUCUCCCACCAUGCAGGCCAGGGGCAAACCCUGCAUGUGUGUGUGUGUGUCAAUAUGUGUGUGUGUUUGUGUGCGCCUGUGUCAGUGCUGCAGUGACAAAUGUGUCCAUGUAGAAAGGCCCAUAGUAGAUUAACAGUCAUGUUGCCCACAGUGUUUAGACUGAGGCAUUCUGGGUCAUUACUGUUGUUUACACAGUGGAACAGGCCACUCAUUUAGACCACCUCUCUCUACCACUCUUUCGCUCACUCUUUCUUUCUCUCGCUCUUUCUCGGCAUCCCGAGCACCCUCUUCCCUGCCUGUCUCUGCCACUCUACUAGUCUAGCCUACUCUCUCUCUCUCUGCAUCCCUCUCCUCCCCUGCUUCUAUCUCUUUCUCCCUUUGUCUUUCAACUCAGUUAGAUUUAAUGCAAUGAGCGUUAUUGGCAAUACAACCUACCGUCUUUACAUUACCUGUAAAAAUAUAUAGAAAACUUAAGAAAUCUAACUUUCCCCUCCUUCCAUCCCCAGGUGUAAAUACUGUGACCGCUCGUUCAGCAUCUCCUCCAACCUCCAGCGGCAUGUGCGUAACAUCCACAACAAGGAGAAGCCCUUCAAGUGUCACCUGUGCAACCGCUGCUUCGGCCAGCAGACCAACCUGGACCGCCACCUCAAGAAGCACGAACACGAGAACAUCCCCGGUGGGUCCCCGUUCACCUAAUUAACCCCCAGUUCAGCGAUUUUACAUGUUUUGAUAUUUGUGUGGGUGUUAGAUGUACCAAAAUGUUGAUUGCAGUCACUCAUUGUCUGUAGACUGCUUUCAAGGUAAGGAAACAAAUAUGUAAAAUGGCUGAACUAUCCCUUUAACAUUCAUAGUUGUUACUCACCGCCUGUCAUCUCUUUCUGGGUUCAGCAUUUAUUUACCAAUUUUAUUCAUCCCUGGUGGUGUACAUAAUAACUAUGACAUGCAUAGUGUAUAGCAGGGUUCUUCAAUUCCGGUCCUGGAGGGCCGAAACAAUUCUGUUUUUUAUUUCUACCUGGUAGUUAAUUGCACUCACCUGGUGUCCCAGGUCUGAAUUAGCCCCUGAUUAGAAGGAGAGGAUGAAAAACAGAGGUGUUUCGGCCCUCCAGGACCGGAAUUGAAGAACCCUGGUGUAUAGCUUAGUAUCUCAUUGAAAUGUACAGUGUAGUCCCCUAUUCCAGCUGUUGAUUAUAGCUUUAUAUGCCGUGACUAACGGUGUGUGUGUGUGUGUGUGUGUGUGUGUGUGUGUGUGUGUGUCCUGCUAACAGUGAGUCAACACUCUGGGAUCCUCUCCAACCUAGGAAACAACAUUUCUUCUCCCAACUCCGAGCCAGACAAUCAUGCACUUUUAGAUGAGAAGGAGGACUCGUACUUCUCAGAAAUCCGCAACUUCAUUUCCAACAGCGAGCUGAACCAGGCAUCCAGCUCAACAGACAAGAGGUAGGGGGAACACACACGGACACGCAAGCACAGAACAGACCACACAUCAUAUUCUCUACAAACACUAAUCAUAAUGGGUUUUGAAUCCUAGUCUCCUGCGUGCCACAAGACUGUGUGAGCCCGGUAAGCUAAAGCCAAGGCAUUAGCUCGGGUUAGCCAACACAGGUCUUCAGGUCUCAGGCAAGGAUAUUCAUCAUCACACGAGCAUGGUUAAGCAAAUUACCUCUGUUUACAUACCACACACACACAAAUACUUAAACAAGGACCUUUAACUUACAAAAAAAUGGACACCUUUUUUUAGGUGUCCAUUUUGGAUUGGCUAGUCAGGAGUAUACUGUAGUUGAUCUCACUCUCUCAGCCUUCCUAACACUGACUCGACUCCCCUGUCAAAUGUGUCUCUAUGGUGAAACCGUACAUACUCUGCUCUCUAGUGGUUGAAUGUUACUCCAACAGGCUUUAGGUGGAUAGUAGACACAGUACAGUACAGCCCCAUAAGUGCCCCCAACUCUGCUCUGACAGUUCUCAACGACUCAUUUCUCCCCAACUGAAAGAACAUUUACCAGAGCUUCUGGCCUUCUCUUCUCUUGUCUUGUCUAUGGCCCUGCAAUUUCAGGUAGCGCCAGCAGCAGGGUCAUGUUCAUUAGUGCACACCUUAGUAAAAUGUUUUGCAACUGAAAAUUAAAACAAGCGUUUAUUUUUCAGGCAGGCAGUUUCAGUCUGUUUUCUUACAUUUGGUUCAUAAUGAAUACAACCAGGUUCUAAGACAGUGGUGGGCGAUGUCGGGAACAUCUACUAGCUCUGACAGACGUGUCGGGGGAAAUAUGCGAGCCGUCUUCUUCAAUAAGCCCUAGGCAGACAUGUUGGAUUCUUUUGAUGACACGUAAUGGUUCCUCCUUGAUUUCGCUCUGCCGUCUUCGUGCCAGUAAACGAGGGCUGAUUGUUUUUCUAUUUCUCUCUUUCAGUCUUUCUCCCUGUCUUUCUCUCUCUUUCAAUCUCUUUCUGUCUGUCUGUCUCUGCCUCUCUCGCUCUCUAACUUAGUUUUCUGUCUCUUUUUCUCCCUCCUUCCUUCCUUCCCUCCCUCCCUCCCUCCCUCCCUCCCUCUCUCCUCCCUGGUCAGUAGACAGGAGACAUAAAAGUCAACAGAGCUCAGGGGUAAUUUAGCCCCUCUGCCAUCUGGGAUCAAUAGUGCAGAACCGUCCAGAACAAGCAAGCCUGGCAUUUUAAUAUCUGUAAUUCAAAAUAAGUGCUCUGCUUUCUGUCCGUCCCAGACACACAAAUGCUCACACGCACACACACACACCACACGCACUUUGACUGACGCCCCAACCCCCCGUCAUUGAACACAGACAUACAGCUGUGUGUAUCCCUAUCUGUGCGCUCAUGCGCCUCCUCUUCACAAAGUGUUUGUAAACAAAGUCAAAUCAGUCUAGUCACUUGUCUCGCUCUAAUGUAUUUUUCCCUCUCUUCUGGACACUGUCUAGCCUGUGAGGUAAGGAGAGGUGUAUGGUGCACUACACAGUGUGUGGAGGGGCGGGGACAGUGGACAGUGUGUAUGGGGGGAUAGAGCUGGACUGGCCAUUUCUUGUGCUCAAAAGUUGUGGGGUGGUGGCCUGAUGUGGAGGGGGUAGGCUGGUACUGCGGGUCCUCAGGGAGACUCCGGUUGAGGCAUUUAUCUGCAAGAUACAACUGAUGGAGCUCCGUCCCCACCUCCACCUCCCAGGUCGCUAACACAAACACACGGCUGACGUGUUUAGACUAAGUGACAAAACGCAGGGCCCAGCAUCAGAGCCCCCCCCGCACCCCCCCCCCCCCCACACACAGCCCCCACCAAUUUGAUUAUACAAUAUUUAAUCUAGAUUGAAAGAGGAGAACAAACCCCCCCUCCCUAAUGUACCUCCCACCCACUGUGUGAGACCCAAUGCCCCCCACGCACCCCUCUGUCCCUUUCGCUCCCCUAAGGUAUCCCGUCUGGUUUGAUAAAUGUCAGUCUGUCUGGCUUCUUGUAGGGUAAACGCGCUCCCCCUGAGGAAAUGACAUCAUGAGGCAUGAAGCGGCGGAGACCGGGGGGGCUGGAAAAUGUAAAGGCGGCAGGUCGCAAUGGCUGCUGUGCUGAGCAGCCAUCGCACCCCUACACACACACUCGCACGCACUCAUGCACAAACACACACACACACACACAGCAUCCAGAAUCGGGGCCCGACUGAACCGUUUGAGCAGGGCCGUCUUGCCUAUAUACUGGUUCUCAGGAAUUAGCCAAUUAAUCAAUCGGCUCCAUUUCCCCUUUGAAACGGGUCUUGCCAAUUGCCCACACGCAUGUGUGUUUGCUUGGAUAGUGGGAAUGGGGCUCUGUUCGCUGUCAACUGAGCUCCUGGCAGCUUAGUUAUAGCUGUGCAAAGUAUGACUCAUUGCCUAUUGACAGACAGACAGACAGACAGGGGAACAGACAGGCAGGCAGACAGACAGACAGACAAAAGGGAUGCCUGGCCAUGGCCCACUGAUGCAACUAGGGCAGUGGGCCUAGAAAGACCAAUCAAAGUCCUAAUAUGGAGGUAAGAGGGCCAUCCUCUCCUCCUGUCUUCUCUCCCUCAUCUCCGCUCAUCUAGCCAAAGCAGAAUGGGUGGGAAUAGUGAGCUAACCAGUGAAUGUGAGGAGAGGAGGAGAGAAAACGGAUGGCAUUAGAUUAUUUGGAUGCAUCUAAUGAUGUAGUUCCACCUAUUAAACCCACUGGGGGUCAAUGAAGACAUUUUAAGAAUAUAAUAGAGUUUAUUUAAUUUAAAUGAAUGGAACCAAAAAAAAAUUAACUAGAAAUAAAGCGCUAAAUGAAUAUAAUGUACAGCCACUGACCGUAAGGUUCCCGUUGUUGCAGGUCAGAGCUUGCGGAAGAGGAGCGUCCAUCCAGCCACAGUCUGUCCAACUCCAAGAUGGAAGCCCGGGGGCUGGAGGAAGAGGAGGAGGAGGCGGAGGGAGACGACGAAGAGGAGGAGGAAGGCAGCCUGACAGAGAAGUCUCAGGACGAGGCGCCUGAGUCCCCCUCCCCGGUCACCAUGGUUACGCAGGAGGCGUACGAGGACGAAGAAGAGGAGGAGGCGGAGGAAGAUGAGGAGGCCACACCGCUGGCUAUGAGCUACGAACACACCCGCAGGUAUGUCCUGUCUGGUAGAAUACAAACAUAGUUAGACACAACUACAGACAAAUUCAUACAGUCACGUACAGCACACCACACAACACCUCCACAAACAUACCCACCCAAUCACAACAGCCACCUCUGUCUCCUCCCAUUCCAACUAACAAAACUAAUAAAAUGUAAUAUUGUAUGACCUGCAAUGCAUGAUCUGCCCUCCCUGUAAUGGCAGUGCAAUGAGGUCAACGAGAACUAGAUGGUGAUAAAGAGUGUUGGGAUGCAGAUAGAACUCUCACAGUUCCAUUCCAUGUCCACCUGUCUGUGCCUGUCAGUGUCAGUACUUCACCUUUUCUCUCCACACCGAGCACAGUAGCUCCAAAUGGUUCAGCCUUUUAGCGCCGGCUUUCCCUUUCAGUGCACUAAACCGGUCCAGAAAACUGUAUGUCCAUUCAUUCAAAGAGAGGCAUGCAGGGUCUCAGGUGGAGUUUCAGUGUUAGUGGCGAAAUCUGUUGUCAGAUGACAAGUGUGUGUAUGUCCGUCCGUGGCCCUCUCUCUCUGUCCUCCAUAGCACCUAUCCCGUCCGUCCGUCUCCAUCCGUCCGUCCAUCUGCCCCCCAUGCAUGCGCCAUCAAAAGUCCAUCCAUCGAGUUACAAGAAAGUAUUAGUUGGGCUAACUGAGGUUAACCCCCCUCCCUCCAUGCUCCUUUCCCUUCCUCCUCCACAACCUCUCCUUCCUCUUUCCCUCAUUCCCACUCCCAUUCCUUUUCCCCUCCCCUCCCCUUCCCUGGUGCUGCUGCAGGUGUAUAGAGGAGGACGGUGGGCUGUUAGACCUGGAGUCCCUGCCCAGCUUCCCCAAGGGCCUGGAGCUGCAUAAGGCCAGCAGCAGCGAGGAGCCCCCCUUUGAUGUUAAAGACAUUUUUAACACCGCCUCGCUCGAGUCUGAGGCCCUGAAAGAGACUCUGUACAGGCAGGCUAAAACCCAGGUAGGUGGAUUCCCGUAGGAAUAGAGUGAGGGAGAGAGCGAAAGAGAGAAAGAGAGAGAGGGAUGGAGGCAGAAAGUGGUAAAUCAUUUUGGACGUCGGUCCAAAAGCUUGAGUUCGAUUGAGUUCGAUGAUAAGGGAAAUACAACCAGGAAAACGCAUGACCACGAGGCCAAUGUUGUUCAGUGUUGCUGUAUGGGGUGUCGGGAUGAAAGUCAGUGAAUAAAAGACCAGUGUUCUUCUCGUUGACAUGCUCUCCUUUCGCUUAACUUACCUACUAACUGAGCUAUUAACGCUCUCCUUCUCUAAACCUCUCAUCUAACUACUGUCCAAUCAGCAGCGUCACACUGCUCACUCACCUUUGACCUCUUGCAUGCCUGACAUGUUGCAAUGGUUGAAACGACACUCCUAAUCCGAGAUGGAACAUCUCUUGGGGUUUUAUCGACAAUAAUAACAGUCGUGUUCGAUUGGCUGACAACGCGGAGACUCACAAAAUGGUUUCUGACCAAUGGUUGUUGAUUUUGUAUGUAAUUUCUCUGUCUCCUCCAGGCUUAUGCAAUGAUGCUGUCUCUGUCGGAGAACAACCCUUUGCACGCGUCCUCCCAGAACUCACUGGAUGCCUGGCUGAGCAUGGGAGGAGGCCCGUCCGAGACGAGCAGCUUUCACCCACUCAACCACAUCUAGGAGAGAGAGAGGAGGGAGGCAGUAUAGUAUCACAAUAAAAAUAAGAAAAGUGACCGAGAGAGAGAGAGAGAGAGAGAGAGAGAGAGAGAAAACGGCAGAAAGUCGGAGGCUACUACGGAGGAGAACUCAACUUCACACACCCCCGGCCUGAGAAGAGAGAGGACUCCUGGCUCCUGCCCUUCUCUGUGUGUGUUUGGGUGUGUGUGUUUUUGUGUGCGUGCGCGCUUAUGUGCAUUGAUUCGUGCAUGCCCACGUUAGUGCGUGUGUGUACGAGGGGCCCCUCAGACAAACAGACACUCGCAGGCAGAGAUGGAGUUAGCACUGCUUCGCCCCCUGUAGAGGAGUGAAGGACAUCCCAGGAAGGACCACCCCAAACCCCAGUCAUUCUACAAGACCCGCCCACUCCGCCCCAGCGAACCCCUUUGGUUGGACUCUCAGAGACAGUCAUGUUUGAGUAUGUCAACACAUCACUAGGAGAGCAAAACAUCCAUCUAUUCUACACAGUCUAACACAAUGUCUCAAUAGCAAAAGAUACAGAAACAGUCCGUCUGGAACAUAUGCACUGCAUGUCCAUAGCGGGGCACUGUUUCACUCGGUGGGAGGAGCAACAGUAGCAACACAUAGUGGGGAUGUACUAGCUCUUUAGCCGAUGGACCACGCCCCCCCUCCUCAUCAUAUCCAAUGCCUUCACUCUCUUCAUUCUUGUUUCAAAUCAAUAAUAGCACAAUGAUAAAUGUUAGAGCAGGAAACGGCACUCUGGCUUUUGUUUAUAAAGAAAGUACAGUAGGAUGAUGCAUCAAGCUCGAAUGGCAAUGAUGUCAUGGAGAAUGACCCACCCCAAACAUAUAAUGCGCAUUGCAGAGGACAAAGUCUCGACAUCAAAAGUUAUCCGGUGAACAAGAGGUUAAAUCGAUGUCCAUUGGUUAGAAUAGGGAAAGCCUAUUUUUCCGUUUUUUGCUCAUUUGUUAACUUGAUUCCAUUUUGUGUUUUGCUCUUUGAUAAACAGUAUUGUCUCAUUUUAGGCACCUCCGUGCUCAAAUGUUAAUAUAAUUAUUUAGUGAAGGACCAAAAUUGUAUGGUAUUGUUGUAUGAUGUACAAAAUAACCUGGAUGUUCAUAGCAAGAGUGGUAUGUGCCAAAUAACCCAUAGAAAAUGUUUUGUUCUCUGACAAUCAUUUCUUUUUCGAGGGGUUUUAAUUGCUGUCAUAGUUGUUGUUUUUACCUUAUAUAUUUGAUUUAAAGAGUGUGUGUAUUCUAUUUAUUUAGGUUAAAAAAAAAUGUCACGAUUGGAGACAAGUGACAAAUGAAAAUGAAAAAAAAGUAAUUUGUUUUAUCCCUCUUUUAAGUGUUGCUGAAGGAAUGAAGUUGAAUCGAAACACGACCGAGAUUUUGAAUCUGGGUUUCAAUGUGUUUUUCUGUAAAGACCAGUGUGCCAAAUUGGAAAGAAAGCAUGAAAAUCAGCUGUUUUUAUUUAUAGUGACAUGGUAGUUCUAGAUGGUUUAGAUCAUGUUUUGCAAUGUUGUGUCUAGCGUGAGGUUUGGUUUGUCUCGCUUCAGUUGAACCAUUUCAACUAGUAUGCUGAGUGUUUUGUGUUCAAGGCGGUUGAAGUCUUACGGUGGCCAUUUUAUAAAAUGGCAGCUUUCACUAUGAAUGUCAGGUGAUUUGGAUGCCAGGGCAUUGAAUUGAUAGCUUAUCAUUGAUCCUAAGUAUAAGCAAAUACAUUUUACUCUAUAACAAAUCCGAUCAACAUAUUAACUCAAUCAGUUUAUUAGUGCUCAGAUUCUGCUUUGAGGGUUUCAUUUUGUAGGAAUUAUUAUUUUUAAAUGUGACCAUGUGGUUUUAGAAAGAAAAUGUCUCAGAAUGCCCAGUCGUAGAUAAAAUCAACAUUGUUUUUCAGAUAGUGUCCAACUACAGUGUACCAUUCUAUCAUCUUUCCACUUGUUAGCAGAAGUAGCAUUACUCUCGGGGUCAAAUGGUUCUGUAACUAGUGUUAACACGAGGGUUUCGACAGCCGAGAGGUUUUUAAUCGUGAGAAGAGUUUCUUCCUUGGAGGCAUAGAACCACAGGUCAUAGCUUGAUGGUUCACCCGUUACUCCAGCUGUGUCUGACAUGGGUUUGAUUGUCUGUAAAGGGUUUUAACACCUUGCAGAACACAUUUACUGUACUGUGAGACCAGCAAAAUAAUUACAAAAUCAAACCAACAAACUAGGAAAGAAAUCAAACCAGAAAAUGCUUCUGGUUUGGAGAGAAAUAUGACAUGCGUAGGAUUUUAAGUUUCAAAGACUUCUAUUCACUUUGUAUUCAUAUUUGCAAACACACUCUUUUUGAUAAUUCCCUUGUCAAUUUCCUUCUUCCCAUUUAUCUUCUCAUUUAGGGGAUUUCAUUCCACACAGUAGACAAAGGUAGAGAUGGCACUUAAUAAUACGCUGUUUUUUUUAUUUCAUGUCACUCUAAGUUAAAGGGUUGUAUGCCGUAAAUUGCAAAGGUUGCUUUCACGCUGGACAUGUGAAUUAAGACUUUCAGGACUGGGCGGGAUAGGUUCAGACCAGCACUUAAAUGCAUGGGUCCAAAACAAUAAACUGGGCAGGCAUGGGUCUCUGUCACUAAAGAGUUACUAAGAGUAAACCUGAUUGGCCUCACUUGGAGUGGAUGAUCAACCCUCACUUAAAAUGAUGAUGACCUUGGAAAAUAAUCAGUAACUGAAGCACUGUAAUUUUAUUUUUUGUCAGCAGGUGGCAGGGUGAUACUAGUUUUGCUGCAUCAUUUCAUGUCUGAUGAUAAUGAUGACAGAGGUCUCUGUCUUGCUAUACUAAAUGUGGAUCCACGGUUAACACAUUGUUUUGCAAUACAUUACUAUUAAAUGCAGAGACUGGGGUUACUAAAUAUUUAGGUAUACUAUAUAUGGAGUAAUUCAUGUCAUGUACUACUGUAAUAAGUGCGCGCUGUCGGUUGUAGAAUUAUGGACGCACAUUGAAGUCAAAGAUCACAUUGCCAGCUUUUGAAAGGAUCUGGCAAAUGGUCACAAACUGAUAACUUCAGAAUACGGUUGCUGUUCUUUCCCCACUGUUACAGGAAAACGUUUUUAAAAAAGUACAAAAAAAAUGUUUCUUUUUAACUGUAUAGUAUUUUAAAAAACAAUGUUGCAUAUGUCUGAAAAAUUCAAUGAAAAAAUAUGGGUUUAAAUGGAUGGUGCUCGUUUCAUUUGAAUCCGAGUUGUAUCACCUCUGUUAUGUUUAUUAAAAAGCUAUUGUGCAUGACGUGUUUGGCAGUCAUAAUGAUGUCCAUUUGUGAAAUGUGUAUCUUAAAUUAAAAAAUGAAAUAAAAAAUAAUGAAUCCGUAGAUGCACUUAUUGUACAUGUGGUUAGGUUAGUAGGUUUGACUUCAAGUCCUUACAAAUGUAUUGGGCAGGUGGUUCUUAAAUGAAUACAAAAAAGCUUGUGGGAGAAAGAUGUAAUGAAAAAAAUGAAAGGAUUGUAGAAUAAUAUUGAACAAUUCUGAAAUUGAAGUUUUUUUGAUGCUUGUGAUUAUUGAAGAUGUACUUCAGAGAAAUUUCAUGGAAUUGAUAUGAUUCUGAUGUUAAUUCUGUAGAAUAGAAAUGUAUACCAAAUGUAAUCUUUCCAAUGCUAUGAAGAAUUUAUACAUGAAAUUGAUAUGCAAUAAAAACCUGUGUGCUUUUUAUAUGAAAUGUCCCUUGUAUUUGUCAUGUAGCCUACAGAUAACUCUCUCUCUCUCGCCUAAUUUUUUUAUGGCAUAGAAAGCAAUUGACAGAUAGUGAGCUAUUUAGAUUAUGUAAAUAGGCCUACCCCACCCACUUGCCAUGAUGAUCAAAACAUGCAUGCGACCACUUUAAAGGGGCAAUCUGUGAUUGGUACAUCCUUUUAACUUAAUGAUAUAUACCCAUUGCCUCUUAAAGAGUCUCACCUAUAAAUGCUUAAUGAGUUUAGUUCACCUGUCCUACACCGCCAGAACCCAAAAUAUGCUUUUUUUUUUUUUUUUUUACUCAUGGAUGGUCAGUUCUUGCAUAGUUCCUUCUAUAAAUAUGAGAGUGGUUAGGCAACAUUUCUCCAACCCCAUUCCUCAGGGGAGUAUGCUAUUCAUUAAUUACACCGAUUCUGUUGCAAAACGUUUCUUAAACGGAAGCAAACGGAACGAAACAGGGAGGAACCUAGCUGAAUUUGUCCAAUAGAAACUCUUGUUUUAGCUGUUCGGACUAAUGAUUAUAGCCCAACAGUGGCGGGGGUUAACACUUGUUUGAACCGCAUAUUUCCCCUUUAAGAGGUGAAAAAAAAAGGAAAUCUAUGGGGGGAAGUGAGGCAGGGGUACUUCCUUGUAAACACCAUCCUCUCUGAUCAUAAUAUUGUGCGCAAUGACCAAUUCAAAACAAUCCACCGUUUGCUGAAUCUUUAUUCUCGAGUGGAUAGGUUGAAGUCUAUUUUGUGCUUUUUCUUACAACUCAGUUUGCACUAUGCUUCAGCUAAACGACACUGUUGAGCCAAUGAGUCCGGGGGCUGCGGUCCUUCAUCCGGCGGAGGCUGAGGAUGGAGUCGAGGUUGCCUUCACGCCGCCGGGGGCCGGAGGGAGCCUUGGGUAUAGUUCUUCUGUAGCAUGUUGCUCCCCCUUACAAACAUUGACGCCGUUUCAUGUCCACAACCCAACAAUGCAAGCGAAAGUGAAGGAUUAUUUCGUCUUCAGGGUAAGUCUGGCUAAUAAUUCCUCUUUAUUAUCUAAACAACGUCGGAUAUUAGCUAGUUAGCAAGCUAAUAGGCUAGCUUGGAAACACAGUUGUCAAACGCUCACGCUGUAACCAGCGCGAGUUUGCCAUUGCUGAUUGACUGCAGCUUGGCUCGCUCUGAUUGAAGAUGCGUAUUUGUGGCAGUGAGCACCCAUGCAACAUGUCGUUACAAACUAGCAUCUAUUUCUUAGAUUGUGAAACAAACAGUUCUGUUAAACGCAACCAUUUAUUCAGACAACUGCAAUUGAUUCAGCUAUGAUAUAUGGAACAAUUUGUUCGAUUAUUAUAAUGAUUAAAUCAAUUAACUGUGGCCUCCUCAUUGCAGCCAGGUACCAUUGAACAAGCAGUGAAUGACAUCAGAACAGUGGCCCUGCCUUCAGAAGAUGGAGAAGUGCUGAGUGUGUGGCUGCUUGCAGAGUGAGUCAUUUUAUCAGCAAUUCACAUCACAUAGGCCAGUAAAGUUACAUUGGCAGUACAGUAGUUCAGGGUUUCCCAAACUGUUCUGGGCCCCCCCCCCCUGGGAGCACGUUUUGGUUUUUGCCCUAGCACUACAGGUGAUUGAAAUAUUCAAAGCUUGAUGAUGUCUUGAGUGUUUUCAAUGGUUCACUCCAGUGGAGAACAACUGCCCCCUCUCAUUCAAGCCACGGAAGUUGAAGGCUGACCACGGUACUUCAGACAUUGUUAGCGGAAAACAGGAUCCCCCAAUUAGUGGUGAGUCUACGGUGUCCGGAAGCGACUUCACCAUUCCUUUUCUGGAUUCAGGUUCACUCAAACUUCAUUUUAAGCUUUGUUUUAGUCUUGACAGUUGCAGCAGAUUUAGGGAUUGUAUAUAUCAAUUCGCUCUUCUUAAAUAUUUGUUGUUUUAAGUAUUUGUUUCUGUCUCUGAAUUGUUUAAUUGAAUAAAAACUACAAUCUGUGUCCUGAAUUAGCCUAGUGCGCAUGUGCGUCCAGCAGCUAGAUCCUGUCCUAAGCUUGUUUUCCAUGGCUAAACUAGCUGAACUAUGCUAUUUUUCGUGCUCAUUGCCAAACUCCAUAAAUACUGCACCCUCAACUUCAAAACAAUCAUGUAACUACACUGAACAAAAAUACACAUGCAACAAUUUCAAAGAUUUUACUGAGUUACAGUUCAUAAGGAAAUCAGUCAAUUGAAAUCAAUUUAAUUAGGCCAUAAUCUAUGGAUUUCGCAUGACUGGGAAUACAGGUAUGCAUCUGUUGGUCACAGACACCUUAAAAAAAAAGUAGGGGUGUGGAUCAGAAAACCAGUCUAUUUAGGGUGACCACCAUUUGCCUCAUACAGCGCGACACAUCUCCUUCGCAUAGAGUUGAUCAGGCUGUUGGUUGUGGAAUGUUUUCCCACUACUCUUCAAUGGCUGUGCGAAGAUAUUGGCGGGAGCUGGAACACGCUGUUGAUCCAGAGCAUCCCAAACAUGCUCAAUUGGUGUCAUGUCUGAGUAUGUAGGCCGUGGAAGAACUGGGACAUUUUCAGCUUCCAGGAAUUGUGUACAGAUCCUUGCGACAUGGGGCUGUGCAUUAUCAUGCUGAAACAUGAGCUGAUGGCGGCGGAGGAAUGUUACAACAAUGGGCCUCAGGAUCUCGUUCAUGGUAUCUCUGCAGUCAAAUUGCCAUCGAUAAAAUGCAAUUGUGUUUGUUGUCCGUAGCUUAUGCCUGCCCAUACCAUAACCCUACCACCACGGGGCACUCUGUUCACAACGUUGACAUCAGAAAACCGCUCGUCCACACAACGCCAUCCGUGAAGAGCACACUUCUCCAGUGUGCCAGUGGCCAUCGAAGGUGAGCACUUGUCCACUGAAGUCUGUUACGACGCCGAACUGCAGUCAGGUCAAGACCCUGGUAAGGACGACGAGCACGCAGAUGAGCUUCCCAGAGACUGACAGUUUGUGCAGAAAGUCUGUUGUUCAAACCCAGUUUAAUCAGGUGGCUGGUCUGACGAUCCCGCAGGUGAAGAAGCUGGAUGUGGAUGACUGGCGUGGUUACACGUGGUCUGUGGUUGUGAGGCCGGUUGGACGUACUGCCAAAUUAUCUAAAACAACAUGAGGUGGCUUAUAGUAGAGAAAUUAACAUACAAUUAUCUGGCAACAGCUCUGGUAGACAUUCCUGCAGUGAGCAUGCCAAUUGCACGCUCCCUCAACUUGAGACAUCUGUGGCAUUGUGUUGUGACAACUGCACAUUUUAGUGGCCUUUUAUUGUCCCCAGCACACGGUGCACCUGUUUAAUGAUCAUGCUGUUUUAUCAGCUUCUUGAUAUGCCACACCUGUCAGGUGGAUGGAUUAUCUUGGCAAAGGAUAAAUGCUCACUAACAGGGAUGUAAACAAAUUUGUGUACACCAUUUGAAAGAGAAGCUUUUUGUGCGUAUGGAACAUUUCUGGGAAAUUAUUUCAGCUCAUGAAAUAUGGGACCAACACUUUACAUGUUGCAUUUUUAUAUAUUUUUUCAGUAUAAGACAUUUGUUGGAAAGAAACUAGAUUUCUUUUUUUGAAUAGUCAUGACUGGUUCGAGUUGUCCUGUUGUUAAGACUGCAGUGGCGAAGGAUAUCAUAACUACCUAAUGUGGAUCCAAGUUGAGUUUUGAGAUCCAUUGGCGUAGGGUUAGCUGGACGUUUCUGACUGGUCUUGGAACGGUGACAACUGCCAGCCUCUCCCUGCUUGCCUCAAUGGGAUAUGUAGUGAUUUUGCCAACACAGCCACAUAUAUAUAUAUAUAGUUUUGUACCCUUAACCAUUUUUAAACGGCUAUUGUAUUUGUUGAUUUUAAAUCUGACUUUAUUAGUAUAAUGUGUAAUAUAGGAAUGUCAUGAGUUAAUUGACACAAGAACUUAGAAAAUAGCAACUCUACAGAGCGCCAAUGCUACAAUGAAUGGCUAAAUUACUUCCGGACAUGAACGCUCCGCGGAGUUCCUCCUCACCAUUCUAUAGUUGCCAAUAAUUGCUUCUGAUACACCAAAUGUAUGUCCUUGAACCAAUUGUUUUUAAAUCGCACACAGAAGUUAAAAAGAUAAUUGAGUUGCUAAUGGAAGCCUGCAGUACCCCGGUCGGCCUUCAACUUGAGCUACUCAAGGAGAGGGCAGCACUGAGCUAGCCUGCUACGUCACUUCCUGGAGUAGCUCAAACAGCGCAUGUUAUGACGGUCAGUGCUAUACGGGAUUACUUGGGAUGUCUCUACCCUAACCCUAGGCCAAUAAUGGACUAAAGGAGCCUAACGUUACUCCUUAUAGUCCAAGGACGAUACAUGUUCUGUUUUAAAGGCGAAUUGGCUCUGGAAGCCAAAACAGCCAAAUACUUCAAUCUAAACGUGAAUCGAUUCUCAGUUGCGGUACGGUUCUAGAAAAAAUAAAUCCCUCUACUUUUCACAUCACAUCAAAAUACACACUUACUAUACACUGUUUUAACAGUUGCAGUUGACAGUAUUUUUCAGUGACCACGUUUGGCCGUCUGUCUUCCGUUUACACACAGUUGUACGGAGACACAGAUGGCUAAUUAGCACAGGUGGUCCACUCUGUUCCGUAAACAAGCACUGUAACAAAACUAUGGCCGUGUGGGAAUCCUAUUAAAAAGCUGUAGUAAUUUUACCUUUUUGUUUUUUGAAAAUGAUUUCUCGUUGAUAUGAAAGAUGUUCAUUAUGUUUCCAAAACCAUACCGCAAGCAAUGCGUGUUAACGUUUAGCGUAAGCGUCAGGGCUCUUAACUCCCCUUUCAGAAUAAACUAUCGUCAAUAGGCGCUAAAGGUUGUUAGCGUCUAUGAAUGGGGUACCUUAACCCCAUAACCAUAACCCUUACCUAACCUUAACCAUUUUACAUUUAAACUUCAAUGGGGUAGGGGCGUCCCAAGGUUUUCGGAUAGCACAGACAAUGUUAUGUUUCCAUGAACUAAAUAUCUUGCACAAUUGCGUCAGAAGUUAUGUUACGUGCACUGUCCACGAGAGAUUAACCCACCCAUAGAAAUCAGUUUAGCCGCCUUCAUUUGGCUUCAAUGCGCUAUCGAGUCUUCACAUAGGAAUGAAUGGUUUCACGUGAUCGAUGACCAUGUCCAUUCAUAUUAUUGGUUCACCCACUCAUAAUCUCGAACACCCAGAACUAAUAGAAUUGAUAGUCUUUCUAUGCACCCACCAACCUCAGUAUAUGUCUGUACUUCAUUGUUACGACAGCAGGGGGCACUAGAGACAGAGGCAUCAUAGAUAAAAAUCUAUGAAGUUAGUAUUGGGGAGUUGUUGAGCCAUCCUCAGUUUUCUCCUAUCACAGCCAUUAAACUCUAACUGUUUUAAAGUCACCAUUGGCCUCAUGGUGAAAUCCCUGAGCGGUUUCCUUCCUCUCCGGAAGGACCCUGUAUCUUUGUAGUGAAGGGGUGUAUUGACUCACCAUCCAAAGUGUAAUUAAUAACUUCACCAUGCUCAAAAGUAUAUUCAGUGUCUGCUUUUUAACUUUUUUACCCAUAUACCAAUAGGUGCCCUUUGCGAGGCAUUGGAAAACCUCCCUGGUCUUUGGUUGAAUCUGUGUUUAGAAAUUCACUGCUCGACUGAGGGACCUUACAGAUAAUUGUACAGCAUGUAUGGGGUACAGAGAUGAGGUAGUUAUUCCAAAAUCAUGUUAAACAAUGGUGUUUAAGAAAGUUCAAUCAAUAAGGCUGGUCUGAAUGGCUAGUAAGCACAAUAUACUUCACAUCGCUUCCUAUCUCACAGGCAUAGCAGGUAUUCAUACAGUAGUGUUUAUACUACCUCAUCAGCAUAGCAGGUAGUUAUAUGGUAGUGUUAUUAAUGUGACCUCGUCACUAUUAGCAAGCGUGACAGAAUGUCAUUCGCCUAUUAAAGGGAUACUUCAGGGGUUUGGCGAUGAGGCCCUUUUAUCGACUUCCCCAGAGUCCAAUUAACUUGUGGAAACCGAUGUAGUUUCACAAGGCAAUUCUAACUAGCGUGACACAAUCUAAAUGUAAUCAAUUUUAAAUUCAGGCUGUAACACAACAAAAUGUGGAAAAAGUCAAGGGGUGUGAAUACAUUCUGAAGGCACUGUAUAUCCUACUAGCAGUCACUUUAUGUAUGUAUAAACCCGCACAUUGAAUAAGCUAGUGGCACUGACCUGUAUAUACUUGCAUUCUCGUGUUUCUAACUCACAUCGUAGUUCUUUUAUUAUUAUAUUAUCAUCACUGCAUUGUUGGGAAAGAGCUCUCAAGGUAAGAAUUUCACUACUGUUUUACACCUGUUUCCUGUGGACGUGGUAAAUAAACUUUAUAUUAGUGCAAAGGAGAGGCGAGGAUAAUAUAUUUUGGGAGCAAUUAAAUGCCCUGUAAUGCUUAAAAAGGCAUGUUUAUUUAUCCGGUUAAGACAUACAAUCUCAAUGAAAAACUAUAUUCUGCCAGCAUAUGCCAAUUGGUAGGAAAAAUCACACAACCCCUUGGCACCAUUGUGACUUCAUAUUUUCAUGAAUAUCUCUACAUUAUUUCACUACAAAUGAGAGUGCUAAAUUUCAAUGUAAUAAUGUUUCCCUUAGAGUUGACCACUGGAACAACGAGAAGGAGAGACUGGUGCUCAUAACUGACAGGUAAACCAAAUGAUUAGUGGCAAAUGUUAUGAAUGAAUAUCCAUUUGAACCUAUUGGAGGAAUCCAUUCCCAUAUUAUUUGAUACACUUAUGUUGCCGACUGGCAUUACACUCAGGUUGUCUGAGCACCACAGGACCAUGUUAGCCCGUUGAAUGAAAGCCUUGAUGCGGUUAUGAUAUGCGUGAUGAUAAAGGCAUCAAACUUGCAUGAAAGUUUGCACACUCUUUACUUAAUUUGCCAUGUUGUCCCUCUUGGGUUUCUAACAGGUCCCUGCUGGUUUGCAAGUAUGACUUCAUCAACCUGCUGUGUCAGCAGGUCAUCAGGAUCUCCCUUAAUGCCGUGGACACCAUCUCAGUGGGCGAGUUUGAGUUCCCGCCCAAAUCCCUCAACAAGUAAGAGCCACGAGCUAUUGUCCUGUCCAGAGACACUGUACUUACCCACAACACAAGCCACUUGUGUCGCUGUUCUGAAAUAAUUGGAUAUGUACAGUAUAAGCAAUAUGGUAGAAGGCUAACAUUCACUUGGGAUAGGCUUGGUGGAAAUGUUGCCAUAUUGCUUAUACAGUGGGGGAAAAAAGUAUUUAGUCAGCCACCAAUUGUGCAAGUUCUCCCACUUAAAAAGAUGAGAGGCCUGUAAUUUUCAUCAUAGGUACACGUCAACUAUGACAGACAAAAUGGAAGAAAAAAAAAAUCCAGAAAAUCACAUUGUAGGAUUUUUAAUGAAUUUAUUUGCAAAUUAUGGUGGAAAAUAAGUAUUUGGUCAAUAACAAAAGUUUCUCAAUACUUUGUUAUAUACCCUUUGUUGGCAAUGACACAGGUCAAACGUUUUCUGUAAGUCUUCACAAGGUUUUCACACACUGUUGCUGGUAUUUUGGCCCAUUCCUCCAUGCAGAUCUCCUCUAUGAUGUUUUGGGGCUGUCGCUGGGCAACACGGACUUUCAACUCCCUCCAAAGAUUUUCUAUGGGGUUGAGAUCUGGAGACUGGCUAGGCCACUCCAGGACCUUGAAAUGCUUCUUACGAAGCCACUCCUUCGUUGCCCGGGCGGUGUGGUUGGGAUCAUUGUCAUGCUGAAAGACCCAGACACGUUUCAUCUUCAAUGCCCUUGCUGAUGGAAGGAGGUUUUCACUCAAAAACUCACGAUACAUGGCCCCAUUCAUUCUUUCCUUUACACGGAUCAGUCGUCCUGGUCCCUUUGCAGAAAAACAGCCCCAAAGCAUGAUGUUUCCAUCCCCAUGCUUCACAGUAGGUAUGGUGUUCGUUGGAUGCAACUCAGCAUUCUUUGUCCUCCAAACACGACAAGUUGAGUUUUUACCAAAAAGUUAUAUUUUGGUUUCAUCUGACCAUAUGACAUUCUCCCAAUCCUCUUCUGGAUCAUCCAAAUGCACUCUAGCAAACUUCAGACGGGCCUGGACAUGUACUGGCUUAAGCAGGGGGACACGUCUGGCACUGCAGGAUUUGAGUCCCUGGCGGCGUAGUGUGUUACUGAUGGUAGGCUUUGUAACUUUGGUCCCAGCUCUCUGCAGGUCAUUCACUAGGUCCCCCAGUGUGGUUCUGGGAUUUUUGCUCACCGUUCUUGUGAUCAUUUUGACCCCACGGGGUGAGAUCUUGCGUGGAGCCCCAGAUCGAGGGAGAUUAUCAGUGGUUUUGUAUGUCUUCCAUUUCCUAAUAAUUGCUCCCACAGUUGAUUUCUUUAAACCAAGCUGCUUACCUAUUGCAGAUUCAGUCUUCCCAGCCUGGUGCAGGUCUACAAUAUUGUUUCUGGUGUCCUUUGACAGCUCUUUGGUCUUGGCCAUAGUGGAGUUUGGAGUGUGACUGUUUGAGGUUGUGGACAGGUGUCUUUUAUACUGAUAACAAGUUCAAGCAGGUGCCAUUAAUACAGGUAAUGAGUGGAGGACAGAGGAGCCUCUUAAAGAAGUUGUUACAGGUCUGUGAGAGCCAAAAAUCUUGCUUGUUUGUAGGUGACCAAAUACUUAUUUUCCACCAUAAUUUGCAAAUAAAUUCAUAAAAAAUCAUACAAUGUGAUUUUCUGGAUUUUUUCCUCAAUUUGUCUGUCAUAGUUGACGUGUACCUAUGAUGAAAAUUACAGGCCUCUCUCAUCUUUUUAAGUGGGAGAACUUGCACAAUUGGUGGCUGACUAAAUACUUUUUUCCCCCCACUGUACAUAUCCAAGUAUGUUGAGUCUACUCAAGUCGCUAUGGGGUAAGAGGGCUUGAGGUUGUUUCUGGACAGGGCCGAAUACUCUCAGCAGUCAGACGUGUUUAGUAGGCAUGGAAACUGAAAACAUUUUGAAAUUGAAAAUUAGGAACGCUUAUUGGAUAAGUAUGGAUACAUCUUCUGUUUCUAAAGCUUUUCUCCUCUCGUGCCCACUGAACACGACCCACUAUUAAUUGAUUACUCCCAGCACACUGGCAUUACAAUAUGUGCUAAGUGUGUGUCUCUACAGGAGGGAGGGCUAUGGGAUUCGGGUUCAGUGGGACAAACGCCCACGCCCCUCCUUCGUGAACCGCUGGAAUCCCUGGUCCACAGACAUGCCCUAUGUCACCUUCACUGAGCACACCAUGGCCCGUGCCGAUGAAAAAGUGGCCUCUCUCUGCCAGGUAAAACAUUUACGUUGCAACCUCCCCCCAUUUAAAUGUAAUAUUCAUGUUAACAUGGGAGCUUGGUAUAUUAAACACAGAGCUGCUCUCCUUUUCUGUCAGGUGGACAUCUUCCGGACCCAGCUGGUUCAGGCAGUGAAGAAGGCCCACAAGGAGUUCCCCAUUCCGGGCAGGGCCAACGGAGUUCUGAUCCUAGAGAGGCCCCUCCUCAUCGAGACCUACCUGGGAAUCAUGUCCUUCAUCAACAACGAGGCCAAGCUGGGCUACUCCAUGACCAGGGGCAAGAUUGGCUUCUAAUGUUUCCCACUGAGUGACCCUCUUAUUCCACAGCAGUGGGAGCGCUGUCAAACUGUGUGUGUAUAUGCUCGUGGAAUGCCGACAAUGUGGCUGUGUCAUACCCAAAGCUUGAGUAUGACAUGGCUCACUGGCGGGCAGUCGUGGUGUGCAGUCAGCCUGAGUUCUCUCCACUCCUGCCCCAGUGCUCUCAUGCAGAGGUAUGUUUUCCAUUUGUCAUAAUUAUUUAACCCCUGAGUGGAGAGACCUAUGUGAAUUUGGUGUGUUUGUGCGAUUAGGGAAUGUCGCUAGUUGUUGGUACAGUGCAUACUGUUUACCUUGCGAUUGUGAAUAUACUGUAAUUCAGACCUGAUGCUGCUAGGUGAACCCGACUGAGUGUCCAUGGAAGUUAACAUUAUCAUGGGCCUUUUGUGCAGUACAAGGGCAUGGUUAGGAUCUUAACUUGAGGUUUAAGCGUUACUACAGAUAAAUCGACGCAAUGAGCUUUGCCUGAUCAAACGGUGAACCCAUUAUUUUCAACCUGAAACGCCUUGCAAAAUAGCAGAUUUUAGCAUCAGCCAUAUUGGCUUUAAAAUCCAUCAUAUUGGGACAUUGUAGAGUGGUAAGAUUAGAGAAUGAAUGCGGCUGCCGGUGCUACAAUCCGCCUUUUCCCAGUUAUUUGUCAAAACUAUGGCCAAGUUAUUCUGACUGUUAGUGUUUAUUUACGUUAUGUUUGGUGCAAGCAUUGAAGCCCAAUUACAAAUAUCCCCGUGCCAAUUUUCUUAAAUUGAUUAGGCCUACUCGUCUCCAUUUCUAGAAAACACACUGCCUUUAUCGUCCUCGUGCUAGGCUAGUUAAUGCAAAAGCAGCGCAUUAGGUUCCAUGAAAAUGUGAUGCCUAACGUUGGGGUGAGUAGCUGCCGGGGAAGUGUUGUGGAAUAUUAUGUGCUACUUUAGCAUGAUGACGACAAAGGCAGUUUAAUUCCA